CGGAGCGGGCCUGUGAUAGUGCGAAUAGCGCUGGAGGGGGAUCUCAGUCAGCGCUGCUGGGAGGAGGAGGUGGCGGCGGUGGAGGAGGUGGAAGAGUCUCCUGCCCCGGCUCCUCCGACCGACACCGUCACACACCGACACCCGAGGUGAGCCGGCCAGCGGGGGGACCGGGCUGGGCACCGGGCGGGCAAUCCGAAUAGGAACACGGCUAAUGGGAGCCUGUCCAUGGAGCGGGGAGUGCGCAUGCGCAGUGCGGCCAGCAUCCGUCUGUCUGUAUCCUCUCAUAGUAAUGGCCAUAGCCCCCCUAAUACAGAGUACUAAUGGCCAUAGCCCCCCUAAUACAGAGUACUAAUGGCCAUAGCCCCCCUAAUACAGAGAGAGGGAUCCUAAUACAGAGUACUAAUGGCCAUAGCCCUCCUAAUACAGAGUACUAAUGGCCAUAGCCCUCCUAAUACAGAGUACUAAUGGCCAUAGCCCCCCUAAUACAGAGAGAGGGAUCCUAAUACAGAGUACUAAUGGCCAUAGCCCUCCUAAUACAGAGAGAGGGAUCCUAAUACAGAGUACUAAUGGCCAUAGCCCUCCUAAUACAGAGAGAGGGAUCCUAAUACAGAGUACUAAUGGCCAUAGCCCUCCUAAUACAGAGAGAGGGAUCUUAAUACAGAGUACUAAUGGCCAUAGCCCUCCUAAUACAGAGAGAGGGAUCCUAAUACAGAGUACUAAUGGCCAUAGCCCUCCUAAUACAGAGAGAGGGAUCCUAAUACAGAGACACUGCUCCUAAUACAGAGAGAGGGCUCCCUAAUACAGAGUACUAAUGGCCAUAGCCCUCCUAAUACAGAGAGAGGGAUCCUAAUACAGAGUACUAAUGGCCAUAGCCCCCCUAAUACAGAGAGAGGGAUCCUAAUACAGAGUACUAAUGGCCAUAGCCCUCCUAAUACAGAGAGAGGGAUCCUAAUACAGAGUACUAAUGGCCAUAGCCCUCCUAAUACAGAGAGAGGGGCUCCCUAAUACAGAGACACUGCUCCUAAUACAGAGAGAGGGGCUCCCUAAUACAGAGACACUGCUCCUAAUACAGAGAGAGGGGCUCCCUAAUACAGAGACACUGCUCCUAAUACACAGUACUAAUGGCCAUAGCCCUCCUAAUACAGAGACAUGGGUCGUAAUACACAGUACUAAUGGCCAUAGCCCUCCUAAUACAGAGUACUAAUGGCCAUAGCCCUCCUAAUACAGAGACAGGGGCUCCCUAAUACACAGUACUAAUGGCCAUAGCCCUCCUAAUACAGAGACAGGGGCUCCCUAAUGCACAGUACUAAUGGCCAUAGCCCUCCUUAUACAGAGACAGGGGCUCCCUAAUACACAGUACUAAUGGCCAUAGCCCUCCUUAUACAGAGAGAGGGGCUCCCUAAUACAGAGACAUGGCUCCUAAUACCAGUACUAAUGGCCAUAGCCGUCCUAAUACAGAGACAUGGGUCGUAAUACACAGUACUAAUGGCCAUAGCCCUCCUAAUACAGAUACAUGGGUCCUAAUAAACCAUAGUAAUGGCAAUAGUAAUCCUUCUACAGAGACAGGUCCUUCUAUACAGUACUAAUGGCCAUAUCCCUCCUAAUACAGAGACAUGGGUCGUAAUACACAGUACUAAUGGCCAUAGCCCUCCUUAUACAGAGACAUGGGUCGUAAUACACAGUACUAAUGGCCAUAGCCCUUCUUAUACAGAGACAUGGGUCUAAUAAUAAUACAGUACUCCUAUGGCCAUAGCCCUCCUAAAUACAGAGAUGGUUCCUAAUACACAGUACUAAUGGCCAUAGCCCCCAAAUACAGAGAGCGGUCCUAAAUACAGUACUAAUGGCCCAUAGCCCCCAAAUACAGAGUACUAAAGCACCAUAGCCCUCCUAAUACAGAGACAGGGGCUCCCAAUACACAGUACUAAUGGCCAUAGCCCUCCUAAUACAGAGACAGGGGCUCAUAAUACACAGUACUAAUGGCCAUAGCCCUCCUAAUACAGAGACAGGGGCUCCUAAUACACAGUACUAAUGGCCAUAGCCCUCCUUAUACAGAGAGAGGGGCUCCCUAAUACAGAGACAUGGAGUACUAAUGGCCAUAGCCGUCCUAAUACACAGUACUAAUGGCCAUAGCCGUCCUAAUACAGAGACAUGGGUCGUAAUACACAGUACUAAUGGCCAUAGCCCUCCUAAUACAGAUACAUGGGUCCUAAUAAACCAUAGUAAUGGCAAUAGUAAUCCUUCUACAGAGACAGGUCCUUCUAUACAGUACUAAUGGCCAUAUCCCUCCUAAUACAGAGACAUGGGUCGUAAUACACAGUACUAAUGGCCAUAGCCCUCCUUAUACAGAGACAUGGGUCUUAAUACACAGUACUAAUGGCCAUAGCCCUCCUAAUACAGAGACAUGGGUCGUAAUACACAGUACUAAUGGCCAUAGCCCUUCUUAUACAGAGACAUGGCCAUUAAUACACAGUACUAAUGGCCAUAGCCCUCCUAAUACAGAGACAUGGUUCCUAAUACACAGAACUAAUGGCCAUAGCCCUCCCAAUACAGAGACAGCGGUCCUAAUACACAGUACUAAUGGCCAUAGCCCUCCUAAUACAGCGACAUGGUUCCUAAUACAGAGACGUGGGUCCUUAUACAUGGUGCUAAUGGACAUAUCCCUCCUUAUCCUGAUACAUGGGUUCUAAUACACAGUACUAAUGGCCAUAACACUCCCUGGGUCAAUGUCUAUAUUCACAGUCCUAAAGGCCAGGAGGAUCAGUGUGGGCACUACACUUCCUGGGUUUAUGUCCUUAUAGAGAAAUCCGUGCGUCUUUAAAAUAUCAUUUCUAUGCCUUUGUCAGUAGAUGGCAAGCUCCUUGGGGCAGUGUUUCUCGAGGCAUACCUCACACAUGGUUAUAAUUAUUUUUACACAUUGCAUUCAUUUUAUGUAUGUAUUCCUGACGUUGACACAUCAUUGUCUAUGAAGCCUUGUGUCCUUCAGAGCAGCAAUGCAAGGAAUGUACGCUCCAUGACAGGGUCAUCCACUAAAGUAGUGUGUGUUGUCUGGGAUUAGUCCAGGUUACACUUGUCAUGCUGGGUGAAUUUUUUGCUUAUCCACAUCUCUGCUGCUGCAUUUAACUUUUUUGCUUAACAAUUGUGCUGGGAGUUGUAGUCCUGCAAUUAACAUUCUGUAAUCGCUCAGCCAGAAACCCUGAAUGUGCCUGGAGAAGCAUUUUAAUUGACUAAGCUUAGCAUAGGAGUCAUUUCCAGGUUUGGAGAGACCUCACUGUAGAAGCUGCACAUCCUACGAAUGUGCUGCAAAUGCAAGAACUUCAGAUGUAAGCCUGUAUCUCCUUUUAUUUUAUUUUUUUUAGUUUUGUUUAUUUUGUCUCUAAUAUAUUCUCUAUAAAAAAAUAAAUAAAUAAAAAGCAUUAAAAUGGAGUAGAUCCAUCCAUUUGACAAGAAUAGGUCACCUGCAGGGAUCUCUUAGGAUUUUGCAAGUUACAUUUCUCUCAAUCAGGUUUUCUUCUGCAUCUGAUGUUUGCAAGACAUGGAUUAUUGCCACUCCCAUGUGUAUAGUAGGUAGGGUCAUAAAACAUGCUUUUAAUUAGUGUAGCUACUCUUGAUGGGACACACGGGGUACACAGAUCUAUUUUAAUCUUGCUAUCUACAGAUUGCAUGCUGUACAUGUGUCAGUUGCUCUUUGCACUUUUCACGUGAGUAUCUAUAUCUAAACUCUAGUUACCAGAAUAUUUGUGUAUAAUCUUUCAGUUCAAUGGCCCAUAGUUCUUUUGCAGUGAUGUCAUUGAUUACUGCAAUUGAUGGGCCAAUGAUGUAUCUUGAAUAAAUAUACUUAUGAUGUAUUUUUGAAUAUUGCUCAUGGGCGUUCAGGCUAUACAUAAAUUAUAGGUAUUUCAGUGGUGUGUGCAUAUUAGACUUUUGCACAAAUGCAUUUUAGGUGGGUCGAAUUAAUUAAACACAAAUACAGAAAAAUAAAGUCCUGCUCUCAGACUCCCACUACUCCUGGAUGGCCGCAAUGACCAUAGGUUCAUAUCAGUCCCAAUACAUACAAAAAAGUUACACUGCGUACUGUUACAUGGCUGUGUGAUAAACUAGGUAAAUUCAAAUACACAGGUGACAGGUGGGCUUAUGUCUAAUGGCCAUUGGAGUGGAAUUAAAAACCUAAUUUUUGUUUUUUCUAAAUAUGCACAGGAAUUUGAAAGCGUGCGCAAGUAACUUAAAAAUUAAAAAAUAUUGUUUAUCGAAAUGAAUUAAACACCUUUUUAGUCUACACCCAAAUUAAUCAAGCAGUCUGGGAUUUACCUGUGGAGUCGUAUUUAUUGAAUAAGACUCAACAAGUAAAUCCCGAAUGACUCGAAAUUAAAAGGAAUUUGAUUUGUUCGACCCACCUGAAACGCUGUUUCACACAAGUCUAGCGUACAUUCUACGUAUUGUUAUUUUAAUAAGUGCACCUGAUUCAUGACUUCAUCCCCUCCAUGAGUGUGAGCUGGAGUCAGAUGAAACUGGUACAGUUUCAGCAAGUGGUGGGUUCACAUGCACUGCUCAGUAUAGGAUUUAUUAACAGACACACAAUACAGCAUUGAGAACCCCUUGCUCUCUGUGCCGUCUGCUUUAUCCUUCCGUUCUAAAUCAUAAGCUGUUUUAAGUAUGUCCUGGCGAACCUAUUCUGAACAAGUGUUAGGAGAAGGGUGAAAGGAAUCCAUCUUUAAAAGUAAGCUAAAAAAAUUAACAAAGGAAGCAGGUGUCCAAUGCAAAUUUACCCAUUUUAAUUGAUGUUAGUUUGCUAGUGGUAACACAUUCUGCAGCCCUUUACAUUUUCCAGUGAGGUUGUAUAACAGUGAGUACUUGACAAACACAAUUAUUGUCAACAGCAACUGGUGAUGAGUUCCUUGUCUAUAGGCUUACAAUCUAAGUUGACUCUCUUUUUUUUUUUUGUUUUUUUUUUACAACUUGCCCUUAUAAGCAGUUAUCACAGGUUAAAUUUGGUAACCUUGUCAUUUGAAUAGCAGAGGGUCUCCUUCAGUCCCCCCAUCCCCCCUCGUUUAUGCCAUCACAGAGAGAAACUAUACUUGUUAUAUGUCUAUCAACAAGAAGACCCCAGAUUCAAAAUGCUGACCAGAUCCUCUUUCACUAGAUACACUGCAAGGCCAGAUUGUUUUCCUAGUCUUUGUCAAUGAGGUGUAGGUGAAACCCCUGUAGAGUGUAAAAUGGAAUUUAUAUAUUCUAAUUUCUUUCAUAUUGUGUAACUUGUUAAAGUGUGAAUUUUCAGAGAUUCCAAGUAAAUUUGACAUUAUAGGCCAAAAUAGCUAAACUGACAACAUAGCUGACUGGAGAAUCCUUUUAAUAAAAAAUAUUUUAAUAUAUUUAAGUUCCAACUAUAGUAAAUAACAUUAUUAAAAAAAAUAAUAAUAAUAAUAAACAAAAAUUGUCAAGUAUUUAUUUAGGGAGAUUGCAGGUCUUAUUUGACCCCUCCAUUUAUAUCAUUACAAAUCCAUGCUACACUCUUAUUAUAUAUAGAGUCCAAACAAUAAAAUGCAGUGCACAUUUGUACAUAUAUACAUGUUUCAGCUAAUGUCCUUGAAGUCUAGGUCAAUCAGUGUUCUCUGUAGCAGAGCUUGCCACAAGGCACUAUAGCACUUGCUUUUUGGUAAGACGGGUGAUAGAAAAGACUGUGUCAUGUGGUUUAGAGAGAGGAGGAAAGGAGCUUAACCAACCAUGUGUUGAAAGUCUGUAUGAGCGAUGCACACCUCCCAAGUGUCUCUAUUUAGGAAGGACAGUCCCUAUUUUGGGCCCAAAUCUCUGUCCCUCUUUUCUUUGUGUCUGAGUGUAUCACAGAGCUCCACAGCCAUAAUACAAUAAGGUGUCUUUAAACUACAAUAAUAAUAGUGCUUAGAAAUCAGUCUGUGAGCAAUACGAAACAGUGUACUUUUUGUAAGUUACAUUUUAGUUGCGUAAAUUAUUUUAUUUAUAUAGCGCCAGCAAAUUCUGUAGCGCUGUACAAUGGGUGGACUAACAGACACGUAAUUGUAACCAGACAAAUGAACGCACAGGAACAGAGGGGUUGAGGGCCCUGCUCAAUGAGUUUACAUGCUAGAGGUUAUUAGUAAGUCUUUCUCAGAACUGUUACACCCCCACUCACACACUUAAAAUCAAAGUGUCUCUCUUAGUCAGUUUGAAAUGUUGGGAGGUAUGAUCGCAUGCAUACUGUCUACACCUAUAUUGUGUAUUUUAAGCAUAAUACAUGAUGUUUGGGGCUGCCAUUUAAUUAUUUAUGUAGUACAUAAAAUUGAACCAUAAAUUCCGAAUUUUAAUCCUCUUUUAUAUGCCUAUUAGGGUCAUUGUCCCAUUGGCGAAUAUUUCUUUUGUGCGACUAUUCUCGAUUUGUCUCCUUGGAAGCAUUGUUGUGAGAGAGAUAUGUGUUUGUUUGUGUGUGUGUUUUUUUUUUUUUUUUCCUUCCUGUUGAGAGCACUGUUGAGAGCACGGAAUGAUUGGAGACGGUUUUCAGAGCUGUGUGAUGGCUCUGGACCUUCUUAUCACUUAAGGAAAUGUUUGGCAGGGAACGCUUGUCUGUUUGACACGUAUUAAUGGUAAUCAUGAUUUGGACGUCAACACAGGUCUUGCACUUAUGGUAGGAUUAUUCCUGAAUUUGCAUCUUCUUGUUUUAGAUAUUACUCCUACUUGGUUCACUUUAUAAAUAUCUUCUUAUGCCAAUGAAAUUAACAAGCUGCUAUCAGUUGGUGAGUUCAGAAUGUUAUCAUUAAGAUGUUCUGUUUACUUUUAGUGUCUUUUGAUUUAAAGAAAACUUGUCAUGACUCCCCCCUUCUCUAUGCUCCAGCGCCACCAUGUCGUCACAGAGGUGGAUGGCUGCCCCACCUGCAGUCUUCCUUGAUAUUUAAAGGACCACUAUAGUGCCAGGAAAACAAACUAGUUUUCCUGGCACUAUGUAGUCCUUAUGUCCCCCCUCCAGCUGGGCUGAAGGGGUUAAAACCCCUUCAGCCACUUACCUUUCUCCAGCGCUGGGGAACUCACCUCCUGCUGCCGACGUCAGCGCCGAAUGCACAUGUGUGGCAAAAGCCACGCGUAUUCAAACCACCCGUAGGAAAGCAUUACUCAGUGCUUUCCGGUGGAAGUUAAUUUUUUUUUUUUUUUUUUUUAGUAGUGUCCCCUCCUUUGUGCCAUGUCCUUACAACACCAAUGCCAACCUAACAUGUUUUACUCUGGCAGCUGUGAGGAAAUAAUUGUGUAAUUUUUCAGCUUUUAAUAAAUACAUUUUCGAAUAAUUCCUCUCUGUUGUGCAAGUUUGGGUAACGCUGGCCUGUGACGGAUUUAACUCGGCAGCUGUAACAGAGAAUCUUGCUAAAACUAAAGGCAGUGUUGUACGUGUAUAAUUUUACUGGCAGUAAUAUGAAGUAAACUCAUGGCUUGCCUUUUGGAACGCAUAAAAGGACAAUUGGGGCAAACGCUACAUUUGGAGCAGUUGGUCACAACAUUUCAUUGAUUCCCAUAACAAUUGCUCCAAAUAUCCACCUUUCUCCUAGAUAUGCUUCAUGUUUAACUUUAGAAAUGUUUUUUUUUUUUUUUUGUUUGUUUGUUUUUUUUGGGAGGGGGGGGGAUUUUUUAUUUAAUAUCCUUAUUGAUCUCUGUUCCACUUUUCUAUGAAUUUAACUAUUCGCAAGUCUCUGUGUACCUAUUACGGUAAUUCACAUUUGUGUUUCGAAAGAAAAUCAUCAAUACGUGUUCUUAAGCAUUUUUUUUUUUUGUUUUUUUUAAUUAGUUUUUUAGCAUAUAUCAUGUUAUUCAAGAAGUAUAGUCACUAGUACAAACUUUCUUCUGAAUUAAUCAUUUUUAUAUUUUUUGUGUGUGUGUGUGUGUGUGUGUGUAUAUAUACACACUUUUUUUUAAUUUAUUUUUUUACAAUCUUUAUUUAAAGAAGUUAUUGACAACAUUUUCUUGAAGUCAGAGGUACACAAUGGUAACAGGCAAGUAAGCCUACAACAACCAUGAUAGUACAAAAGUAUUCCUACACAUAAAUUACACCAGUAGUGAGCGUGACCUUAGCAAGCCCAAGUAAAACCGUAAUUUUCUGAUUGAUUUUAAAUUGGUGGUCCAGCAGUUUUAAUCGUGAAUCAUUCAUUACUGAAUAACACAAAUGAUAAAACUAUGAAAGUUGUUUUAAGGUACCGAUUGAACGUCCCUGAUCUAUCUUGUUUUUAUUUGAUGCCAGGGGUUGCCGCAGCUCUGUGCGCUGAAGAUGGCCAUCACCAUGGACCGCACAGGAAAAAUGGGAUUUCUUCUAUUGAGAAUGCUCCUGAGAUUUACUUUUAUGGUCUUCAAUAACAUGGUUGCAAUCCCGUCCUAUGUAUUAUAUUUAAUAGUUCUGCAACCUGUAAGAUUUCUAGACCGAAAACUGUUCUGGCACAUUGAAGGAGUUAUGUUUAAAUGGCUCCUGGCUAUGGUGGCUUCUUGGGGAUGGACAGCUGGAUAUACAGGUAAGACGUUCUCUCUUUAAGUAGCUUAUAGUUUACAAAGAUGAAUUGCUUUUGACAAUACACCAUUCUUAUGAAUAGAAGCCGAUACUAGAUCGUCAUAUCCGGAGAAGUGUCUUGCUUGAAUUUACACUUCACUUUUUUAUUUGUUUUUUUUCUUUUAACCAUUUUGUUUCUUAAAAGCACUACAAACCACCGCCCAAUGCUGAAAGGGUUUUAAAUAUAUUGUAAACUGGCCAGUGGUGUACAGUAGGGUUUGGGUAAUCCGUAUCUGCAUUCUGUAUUAUCUAGGUAGCCAUUAGUUGCAGCCCUGCUGACUUUUGUUUAUUCUCUUUUUAAUAGUUUAUGGAGAGAUCCAUUAAAUUCUAUGUGGAACACGGCAUUGGUAGUUUGUAUUUGGUUUUAAUAUAAGCCAAUUCCUGCUGUAUUAUCCCCAGUAUAGCCGAUACCAGAGGGUAAAUCUCUGAAUUCACCCAAUUGUUCAUUAUUUUUUUUUUGUGUCUCUGUUUAUAUUUUAAAAAGUCUUGUCCGGUCCAUCUGUUAAAAUGGCUGCUCUAUAUUUUGUUUCACAUGUGAGCUGUGUGAUUGUUACGUUAUUGAUUAUUCCUGAAAUCUGAAGUGCUCGUGUUGGCCUGAGGACAGCUUCGUGAUUCACAGCUAUAAACAGCCCGAGUUUCAUGUAAGUGGCUGUAAUUGUGGAAGCUAUCAUACACAGCUCAUGAGUGCAAAUAGUUUACUAGACUAGUUUUAGUCUUUUUACAAUUUUGCAAUGGGUAAAAAAUAAUUGUUUGUUUUUGUUUAAGCAAUUAAAAUAGUGAAUUGGUAAUAGACCAGGUUACCACUUUUUGUCUGUGUGUGUACAUGUCAUUUAUUUACAUUUUUUUUGUAUCUGUGCACUAGCAGAAGCUUUUCUGUCAGUAUUAUAUAUUCUGUAUUUUUUUUAUUUUUUUUAAUUAUAAAUCUUUAAUAUUUUCAUCAGUAAUGAAAGACUUGACCAAAAAAACUAAUCAGUAGACCGGGAAAAAUACAUAAGUGCCAAUGGCGGGACAAUGCAUAUAAGACAUAGUGCUAUAACAUAUAGGAUCUUGCAGGAUUUACUUGGAGUACCAGGUCAUCUAAAUGCCAAAAAAGGAAAACUCUGAUCCUGCAUUUGAAAGUUAGGUCAAAGUGAUAUGGCUACGCCGUGGGAAGAAAGGAGAAAUUUAUUAAGGCCAGCUUGGGGGGAAAAAAGUAGAAUUUGGUCAAAAAGGAGCAUUGCAGUAUGCUGAGUGCUCAAAAUUCUGGUACCAAAUCUUGAUGAUGCUAUUUUCUGAUUCUAUACUAACAUUAUGGAGAGUUGGGGGAGUAAGGGCAGGGAUGGAGUGAAGCAUGUGAGUGGGGUUAUGUGCAAAAAUUACAUUAAAGAAGAAAGCAAGAGGAGGGAGAAUGAGUCAAGAAAUAAAAGGAGGGGAGAACGACACAAGAAUGGUGAGUGUCCGAGCCCAGAUACAGGGAUAAAGGAGAAGGAGAGAGUAGGUAAUUGGGGCAUCCAUACUCAAAAAAUGUAGCUUAAUAAUAAGUAGAACUCUUGAAAUGUAGAAACUCACCUAUGUACUUGCAUCUGAGUCAAGGGCCCCAAAUCUUAUGGUAUGACUUUGUUGUAUCAUGUGUUUGGGGGGGGUAGAUAGUCUAUCCAUCUCCACAGCCUCAGAGUUGGGAUUCUGUUGUUAACUAAAACCUUGAGAGCAUGAGAGAGUGCUAAGUCAGGCACAAAACACAUCCAGGACCUCAUUGAAGGUUCACUGGGACCCUCUCUGGUGUCGUGUUUUUUUUUUUUUGUUUGUUUGUUUUUUCUCCUAGUAGAUUUUACUAUCUCCAGCUGCUUUUUGCCUUUCCCCCCCCCCCUUUUGUAAAUGCAGGAUGUUUCAUUUCCAUCUACUUGAAUGUGCAUAUCAGUUGAUUUUGGUACACAUAUUGGAGGCAACAUGUUAUUAGGUGGGCUACUAGUUGCUGCCAUUUUUGUUAAAUUUUUUCCUUGAUCUAUUUUUCAAUAAAUUGUACACUUUUUCAUUACCUACCUGUGGCAUUAUUUUGGAGCUAGUACAGUGUGCGUACUUCUGUGGAAAUAUUGGUGUACAACAUUUCUUUUUAGAGGAUCACUAUUACUUGGAGUCUCUGCAUAUUUUUGGAAAGACCCACCAGGUGACAUGCCCGUUUACAUAGUGGUACUUGGGGAUAGAAGAGAAAUAUACUUUUCUUGGCAUCGCCAUCUUCCAACCUUCAAGAAUAGGUCAUUCUUUGUUCUGUCAUGCAUGUGUGGGUCUAUGGAAGAAUUACGUAGUUUAGAUUUAAUACAAAUAUUAAUUUCUGUAAUGGGUUUAGGUAUAAUUAUCUCAUGAAGGUCUGGCUGUUUUUCUCUGUGGGAGUGGUGGUAGUUGCUAAAAGAGUGAGGUGUCACUAACAAAAUGGACAUUUUAAAUAGAUAAGUGUUUUUAAAACAUUACUGAGUUUUAGAUAAGAUUGAAUAUUUAUCUUAAAACUCAGACUGUAAUGGAAUUCCUCUGAAAUUCGAACAAACCAAGAAGAUAUGUUACACUUCUGUAGUUGCUAUGACAGCAGGAGAACCACCUGUAGGAGAGUUCUCCUGCUCAACCAUGUCACUCGUUGGCUGUUGACAGAGAUGUCUGUUAAUACUUGAUUGACAGGUUUGCAAGAAGAUUGUGACUCUGGAUGCCUAAUGAGUGUCAUUCCCCUACCUUGGCUUCAGUGGGUGUGUGUGUGUGUUUGGCUUCAGUGGGGGGGGUGUGUGUUUGGCUUCAGUGGGGGUGUGUGUGUGUUUGGCAGUGGGGGGUGUGUGUGUUUGCUUCAGUGGGGAGUGUGUGUGUGGUGUGUGUGUUUAGCUUCAGUGGGGAGGGUGUGUGUGUGUUUGAGCUUCAGUGGGGGGUGUGUUUGGCUUCAGGGGGUGUGUUUGGCUUCAGUGGGGGUGUGUUUGGCUUCCAGUGGGGGUGUUUGGCUUCAGUGGGGGGUGUUUGAAGCUUCAGUGGGGGGUGUUUUGGCUUCAGUGGGGGUGUUUGGCUUCAGUGGGGGUGUUUGGCUUCAGUGGGGGGUGUUUGGCUUCAGUGGGGGUGUGUUUGGCUUCAGUGGGGGGUGUGUUUGGCUCAGUGUGUUUGGCUUCAGUGGGGGGUGUGUUUGGCUUCAGUGGGGGGUGUUUGGCUUCAGUGGGGGGUGUGUUUUGGCUUCAGUGGGGGUGUGUUUGGCUUCAGUGGGGUGUGUGUUUGGCUUCAGUGGGGGUGUGUGUGUUUGGCUUCAGUGGGGGUGUGUGUGUUUGGCUUCAGUGGGGGUGUGUGUUUUGGCUUCAGUGUGUGUGUGUUUCUUCAGUGGGGGUGUGUGUUUGGCUUCAGUGGGGGUGUGUGUGUGUGUGUGUGUGCUUGGCUUCAGUGGGGGGUGUGUGUGCGUGUGCUUGGCUUCAGUGGGGGUGUGGUGCUUGGCUUCAGUGGGGGUGUGUGUGUGUGUGUGUGUGUGGGUGCUUGGCUUCAGUGGGGGUGUGUGUGUGUGUGCUUGGCUUCAGUGUGUGUGUGUGUGUGUGGCUUCAGUGGAGGUGUGUGUGUGUGCUUGGCUUCAGUGGGGGUGUGUGUGUGCUUGGCUUCAGUGGGGGGUGUGUGUGUGCUUGGCUUCAGUGGGGGUGUGUGUGUGUGUGUGUGUGUUUGGCUUCAGUGGGGGGGUGGUGUGUGUGUGUGUGUGUGUGUGCGCGCUUGGCUUCAGUGGGGGGGGGUGUAUUUUUUUUUUUUUCUCUUUAAAGGUCACUUAGUGCCAUUGCACACACCCUACUGUCACCUUGAGAUGCUACUAGUACUGUACAUUACAGAGGUUACUUGAUCUUGUGUUUAGUCAUGCCAGAGAGACAGCAUGAAUGCCUGAACCUUUAUUAAUAGAACAGUUAAUAAUAUUUAAUACCUCAGCACAUGCUCUCCUUUUUUGGAUGCUGACAUUACAGUUCUGCUCUUAUUGUUACUCCAACCCUUUAUAAAUAACUGGAUUUUCAAAUGUAGAAUACCCAAUUGGGCCGUAUUAAACCCCCACAAACUUGUAAAGGAAAAAGUUACUUGGAAUCCAGCGCUGGGCAAAGUUCCCUCGCUGAAUCCCACGCCACGUCAGAUGUUACAACCUCCCUCGCAUGGUCCAGUCUAAUGCUUCUCAUGGAGAUGCCGCGGAGGGGGAAAAAAAAUACAAAAAAAUCUGAGCACUAUAGGGAGGUGGGGAAGGUGAGGAACACUCUGCUGAGGGAGAGGAGAUCAAGCUUCCCCUUGCAGGUACACUCCCAUGUAGAAAUAUCCCUUUAAACACCAACAAAGUGCCACUCAGAGAUAAAUCAAGUUAACUUGGCUUUUUCAUAUACAGCUUCCCUGUAAGUUAUCUCACAUAGAGUAGAGAUAAUUUUAAAGACAAGUGGGAUACAGUCGUAUACCCCCCCCCCUCCCAGCCCCCAAAUAAAUAAACAAACAUAAACCGGACACUGUGUAUAUAAAUUAGUUGAUAUACAAUGUGUUGCACUAUGUCCAGUUUAUGUUUUUUUAUUUUAAGUAUACGAUUGUAUCCCACCUGUCUUUGAAAUUAUCUUCACCCCCAGCGCUGCCUGUAAGGAGAAAAGCUGACCGCGCCGGUUGCCGUCACGCACUGUGCACUGUCAACACUUAUUUUUGCACAGAAUUGGAAUAAAGCCGAAGUCGCGUGUGCUGCGAUGUAGCUGGAUACCAGCAGAAAAUGUGCAAAUAUCUCUGCGUGUGCUGUGUUUUAAAGUAGUUUCAUACCACCAUGACUAAUUUUACAAACCACGCUGAACAUUGUGGGACAAGUGUUUGUCCCCGCAGGAGGUAAGAGUCCACACACGAAGAUAUCUGGUGAACAGAAUACUACGCAAUCUGUUCCUUUGUUUAUCACCGUGCAAGCAACUGUAUAACCAGGAUAGGAGAUUGAAAGACCUUGCAUACACUAUGUGUUUAUAUUUGGGGAUGGCAUUGUGUGUCACCAAACUAGGCAAAGAUUCCAUCUAUUGUGGGGAAGCGGUGUUUAUAUGGAAGAUCUUGUGCAAUUGGAGUUUUGUUUUGUGUUUUCAGCCUAAAUUGAUUUUUUUUUUUUUUUUAAUGGAAGUCUCUAGUUUAUAGGCAUAUGUGUGUAAAUUCCCAAGAUAAGGCAUUUCCUUAGAGAACACUUUUUAAUUAGCGCUGCUGUGCAGUCAGCCAGGUUUGUUUUCUUGUGAAUUCAAUGCUGACAUGCUGUAUUGUAGAUGAGAUAUGAUAUUCUCUGAAUAUUGUUAUAUAGUCAGUUACUUUUUUGUCACAAUAAAGUAUUUUGUGAUUUUAUUAAUUUUUUGUUUGUCCUCUAGAUAUAGAAUUUUAUAUUUUUUUUUAAUUUUGUAUUUUGUCAUUUACAUCCUGUGGACUGCUCUUCUGCAAUGCAAUCUACAUUGAGUGCACAUUGAAACUCUGAAAUAAAUGACUAGUAGUUAUUGGUUUAUGGCAAAUUUUAUAUAGACUUUAACAUGUAACUGAAUAGUAAUUUAAACCACGUUUCCUUUUAUAAUUUAACAAAAUAAGAUAAUAUAGACUGAAACCAGUCUCCCUUCCCAAUGCACUUUGUCCGCAGAGUCCUGAAGGUAGGAGACUGUUUGUUUGUUUUUAUUUGGUCUGAAAACAAGGCAGUAUUUACGAACACCUUUAAGCAGACUCUCCUGAUUUAACUUAGAAGCCUUGGUUAGGCCAACUAAUGUGUCUGCCCUACAGCUUCCUUUACUGGGGGCAGGAUCUAUAUGGGAGCAUUCAGUUGAUUAUCCCAGUCUUGACAGGUGACAUGUAAAGGAUGUCAUGAUAUUAAUGAGUUUAUCCAUCUGUAUCUAUAUGUAAUAAUGUAGUUACAAGAUGUCGGUCAGUUAGUAUCUGGAACAUGUACAUUACCAAUAACCAUCCCAUAGCUUGUGCUGUUUGUGGAAUACGUACAAUUACUAACUUUUUAAGACAACGGAGUUGUUCACCUCUUUAAUUGCACUUGGAGUGUGAAAAUGAUUCCUUAAUUUAAUCCGUAUACUCUAUGUACUGUUUUUGUGACUUUAGAACGUAUUGUGAUAUUCUAGUCUCUAUCUAGAGAGCCAGUUCAGUAACCUUGAAUUGCACUUUACAAAAAAGUCCCCAUCCCCCCCCCCUUUUUUUUUUUUUUUAGUUUUAAAUUUGUGUUUUUGUUUUUUUUUUCUCAUCUAAUGAUUUAUUUUGAAGCAAUGAGGAGCCUGAUGUAGCAGGUCUAGUUCUUGUUUAAAGGAAUACAUUUUUUGUAUCUGGAAUGCAAAAUGCAAAGCUGUACUCCAACACUAAAGUGUUGCUCUGUGCACCCCCAGCAUUAAAGGGUUAAGGGGACCCUAUAGUCACCAGAACCACGACAGCUUUAUGUAGUGGUCCUGGUGUCUAUAGCCUGUCCUUGCAGGCUGACUACUCUGAACGCUGCCUUUUUACAGAAAAGGCAGUAUUUACAUUGUUGCCUAGGAACAUGUCUACUGGCGGUCACUCAGACUGCCACUAGAGGUGCUUCCUGUGUCAGUGCUGCACAGUGUACAGCAUUGGUGUUCAACAUCUCCAUGCUCAGCAUUCCUCUUAGUGAUGCAUUGAUUAUUCCUGACUCCAUAUCUUCCCUUUAAAUAACCAUUGAAUUCACUCACCUUACCUCUGCGCUGUUCCGUUACUGCCUCCUCUGUUGGUGCCGAGGGGAAAUCUGAUGCGCAGUGCACGUGCUAGGCCUUCUCAAUAGGAAAGCAUUAAAUCAAUGGGGUAUUUGAAGACUCCGAAUGUCCUCAUGCAGGACAUCGUUGUUUCUCUACAAGUGCAAUGUUUUAUAUUGCAGGGUUAAGGGGAAUAUGGCAGUGCACACAGACCACUUUAAUGAGAAAAGUGGUCUGGGUGCCUAUGGUCCCUUUAAUACAGGACAGGGCAAAAGUAUGUGGAAACCUGAUUGAUUGUUAACCAAAAGAGAGAUAAUGAGGUCAAACCAACCCCCUAUUUAUUAUUUAUUUUAAAUAGAUGGUGUAUUAAAAUAAUUUUAAAAAUGUAUAUAAAAAGCUACAGGUAGAUCCACUCUAACCAAGAAGAGGCUCUUAUCAAAUAAACUCCUGAGAAAAGUUCAUACCGCUGUUGCUCUGUGGGGGAGGGGAGACAGUUUAAAGUUAGACAAAGCUGAUAUCAGACAGCUAAAAUGAAGUAUUGGCACCUCUAGGGGCUGUCUUAGAGUUAUAGCGAUUUUGACCAAUCAUUCCAUACUAAGCCACUUUUAUCACGUUUGCAGUCCCUUUUUAAUGUGUAAUAUUUCCUUGUUUAGCUGCUAGACCUAGAAUGUAAAACAUAGUGCAACAAAGAGAGCUGCGGUUAUUUGCUUUAGAACUUCAGUGAGACCAGACAUGGGUUGGUUAGACUGGGUGGUUGUUGACUUUCCAAUUCAUUCCAAACAUGUUCAGUGAGAUUGUGGUCAGGACUAUGUACAAAACUGCAGAGCUUUUCCAUAAUGAUAUGGGACAAAACUGUUUGUUGUGGUGUAUGAUAUCUUUAUGAGCAAUAUGUAGUGUACACUUGGUCUGCUAUUGUCUCAGUAAGUUAUAAUUAUCUUGAGAGCCUUGACACUAUAGUCCCCAGACCAGCUUACAGCUUAUUGUAUUUGUUCUGGUCAGUAGAAUCAUUCCCUUCAGGCUUUUUGGAGUAAACACUGUCUGUCUUGUCAGAGAAAAUGCAGUGUUCACAUUACAGCCUAGUGAUAACUUCACUGGCCAUUCCUCAGAUGGCCGCUAGAAGAGCUUUCUGGGGCAGUGCUGUACAGUGCGCAGUCCUGACAUCCAGGGUCUCUGUCCUCUGCAUGCCUGAGACGACGCUGAUUGGCCAGGACUGUGUUUGACUUGUACUGGUUCUGCCCCUAAUCUGCCUCCAUAACAGUCUCAAGCAAUCCUAUGUGAAAGCAUUGAGGGUGGGGGCCAGAGGGGCUAGAUGGUUUUGCUUUAAUUUUACAGUUUUUUUUUUUUUUUUCCUAAAGUUUGCAAGAAAGAACUAUGUAACAAUGAGAAAUAAGAGUUGAAGUGUCUGUCACUUUUACCAGUCUUUGUGUAUUUUGCCACCAUCUUCAGCUCCUGGUGCGCCUUCUGCCAUGUGCCUGCAUCGCUGCUCUGCUCUUAACAUGCGCGAGUGUUCAGCACAGAGAUCUAUGGAAGACCCUGCAAGACCGCAGGAUCCCCUUUACAUCCGCUUUGGUGAUGUGUGAGGAGUUGCCUGUUUCCAAAAUCAUCACCCUUUGUAAAGUUUAUUGCCAACUUCAAACUUUUUGUUAUGUAAGACAGAGUAGUCUCUACUUUUGAUCAUGUUCAUACACGGUCAAUAUACAUAUUUCAUAAGGACUGUGCCAUUAUACAAUCCUAUUAUAUUGCUGUGACAGGGCUGCUUGAAAUUGUGAAAAUCCUCCCCCUUUUGUAUGUAGUCUGUUAAAUUGUUUACGGUUUGUGUUCUGUUUAAUAUUUGGCUCUAUUUUUAUUUUAUUUUUUCCUCUUCAUAAAUCUAGCACAGGGUCGUAGGUGAACAUAUGAAUUGUUUGUUGUUGGGUUUAUUACUUACCUUCCUCUAUAACGCUCUGGUAAACGUUUUCUUUAUUUUCACGCUCCUGUCCGUACACCUGCUGUGUCGCAUGAGCGUGCACUUUGUGGCAAUGGCAUUGUUGGCCUGCCAUUAAAUAGCCUGCCCUGAGGGGGAGAGUCAUUGUCGUGAUAAAAAUGAACACAAAUCAGUGUGUGUGGUUAUUGUUUUGCUGCAUUCAAUACCAUUCCAAAAACAUAUUUUUCAAGGUUAUGUAUAAGAACAAACUCCUGGAUUGCUUAAUAAAAGAAUAACAUGAACUCCAUGCCGUUGGCGCUGUACUAAUAAUGGUACUCUAUUGCGUAAUGUUUUUAUUUAUUUUGUUACGUUAUUUACAUUUAUAAUUUUUUUUAAGAAUCUGCCUACCAGCCUUGUGUUCUGCAGUGUGCUCACAAUGCUGAAUGUCCUGCUGUGUGCUAGGCAUUGGGGGGGGGGGGGAACUCAAUAUGGCCUACAGUUAGUCUCAAACUCCAGUCUUUAAAAAAAGAAAAGGGGGAAAAAUAAAAAUGCUCACUUGUGCAUUUUUUAUAUGACUGAUCCCGCACAUUAGGUAAGGGUUGGAUCAGUCCUAAUAUAAAAUGUUGGCAAAUUCCCUCGGCAUGAGAGAUGCAGCAGCCCCGGUUGGUCGUUUUGGCCUUCUUUGGGACUUUUGUGAGUGCGUUGUAUCAGAAGAUGCACUCGUUGCAAGCACAUGAGGAGUUUAUGUACAUAUGCUGACAGUGCAAUACUGCAAUAAACAGUGUUAUCACUUUUGAUUGCAUAGAGCAGCGUAAAUGAAUUUGUGUUGUGCGCCAAGGGACAUUUUAAAGGAUUAGUCUAAGCAUCAUAACCACUUCAGCUUUUUGUAAUGAGUAUGGUGCCAUUAGUCUGAGGGGGAUGUCCCUCCUCCCCUCAUCCUCCUGCUACAGUCUGAUAGACUGCAAGCUCAGGCCGCAAUAUAGCUUCAACUGAUUUAAAGGGACACUAGUCACCUGAACAACUAUAGCUUUAAUGAAGCAGUUUUGGUGUAUAGAACAUGCCCCUGCAGCCUCACUGCUCAAUCCUCUGUAGAGACUACUCUGUCUUACAUAACAAAGUUUGAAGUUGGCAAUAAUGACUAUAGUGUUCCUUUAAGCUUGAGUUGAUCUGCAUUCUCGCUGAGGUUUUUUGUGCUGGGAUCCCCAGUUUUUGUCAAAGCACUCCUAAUCUGUUAGACAGAAUAUGGGUGGAUGGCACCCAAUGACUCAUAGCACCAUAACUGCUACUUAGAGUUGUUGUGUUUGUGGUUUGUAGACUGCCCCUUUAAAGUAUUUGCACAUGCAAUAUCCACUUUUUUUUUUUAAAUCCUCGCUGUCUUUUUCUUGUAAUAAAAAUAAGAUCCUGGACAGCUACGUUAUUUAUUUUCCUCAUCAAAAUCCUCAUGUUUGUCCCUGGUAUUCUUUGCUCUGAGUAUUGAAAGUUCUCCCAGUACGCUACAAUGAAAACCAAUAGUGAUAAAGUGUGUGUGUUCCAGCAUGAAAUCAAUGUAAAGUUACACAUUAAAUUGCAGGGUGGAAAAAAUUAUGAUUAUCAAAAAUUAAAAAUAAUUUUAAAUUAAAUCGUUUAAUGAAAUACAUUGGAGGAAAAAAAUCUAUCUAAAGCUAGUUUUCAAUUUAAGUAAAAUAACUCAGUCUGUUACCUUCUACUCUGCUUCCAGUGCAGUGGUCCAGGGGCAUAGGGAAAAGUAGCUUUUACUUGAACUACUUCUUCGUGGCCUCCGAGGGGUCCUCUUCUGACAGAAGCGGUCAUCCGUGCUGUACUCAUAUUCUUGCGCAUGAGCAAAACACUAAUGUCUAAUGAUGGUUAUGGGCUUGGCUGCGGUAACUUCACCUUUUGUCAAGCGUAGGACAAAAUACAUAAAGUAGCCCCAAAUUUGUCUUAAUGAUUUCUUUUGAUUUGUGUUGGCAUUUUAGUGAAAUUCCAACAGUCUUUUUUUUUAUUUGUACAAUUUUCAAAUGAUCACAAUCUGCUAGAAAAGCUUUUAGAAAUAAUUUGUCUGAUAAUUUAAUAAUUAUUUUCAACAGAUUUUGAUCCUUUGGAUAGUUUUUUUUAAAGGAUAUAUUAUACACACACUAACGAUACAAAAUUAAUUCUAUUAGAACUUUUAAACUAUAAGGUAGGUGUUGUGGCAAAUUUAUGUAACACACGCACAAUCCAGCGCACUCACUAGACACCAACUUCAAAACACACAACACGUAGUGGUUUAAUUAAAAGCACUUGACUUUGGCAAAAAUAAUGGGGAUUUGGUCAUGGUUUGAUACAUUGCAUAAGCCUGCCACUACUCCAGGAGACCCAAUUUAGUGAGGUUGGUGAUGAGUGCGUGAAUGCGCCGACUCUUGUUUAACUGUUAAACUAUUCUGAAAAGUUGUUAUUCUGAAUGGGAAAAGUUCACCUGGUGGCAAAUAUUAACAAUUCUAACAACCAGCAAGAAUGAGUCUUUACAUUUAAAUCGUGAUAUUUAAAUGUAGAGUGUUACGGACUAGUAAUUUAAACCUAAUCUGCACCUUUUAAAUUGCAGAAGGCACGUUCAAUGCAAAAACAGUGUUACACAGCCAUAUAGCAAGAUAUCGCUAAAACCUGCGGUUGCUGUGGAUUAUAUGCAUGUUGCUAUAGGCAUUCCAACAGCGGCAGUUUAGUACUUUCAGGCCAUGUGAAAGCCAAUUGCACCAAUCACCUUGCUAAAAAUGAUACUCAUGGCUAUAUAUAUAUAUAUUAUAGAGAAAAUUAAUUAAAACUAUUUUAAGUUCCUGUAUUUGCUGCCAGUUCAUUAGCUGCUCGGCAAGCUCUCCCAAAGAGGAAGUGAUGUAAACUUUCUAUAGCAACCCGACCUUGCUUCAUAGGCUGGAGGAAUGUGUUUCUGAGUUGCAUUGUAGAAAGUUAACCCCUAAAAUACUUCCUGUAACCUGAGAAAACUCAUGUCAUUUACAGAAGUAUUUUUUCUGUAGAAAACAGACCACCGUGCUGAACAUGGUAACUAAUGUGUGUGGUUCCUUGGCCUGCCCCUUCAAAUAACAUCUCAGUGUUCGUGGUAAAUUACAAUCUUCCAUCAAAGAUAUAUUGACAUAUUAAUGGCUGCCUGCGCGCUGGUAAUGGUGGUUUACAGGGGAUGUGUUACUGGUGUAAUGCAUGAAAAAAAUAAAAAAUGGUCGAUAUGAAACACUGUAUAUGUGGCGUUACACCCGCGGCAGCAGAUGGGUUUAACUCCACCUGCAGCAACGUUAUGGAGGGCUGGCGAAUGUCAAUUCUGUGCAACUUUCAUUACACAGAAUUGCAUUCAUUUGUUGAAAGCAGUCAGCUGACACGCUCAGCCAACGAAUGAUGAAGGCAUUGACCCAGGUUUAGCAUCGGUUUGCCCCAUUACUGGGAAACUGGGCCCUCUUCAGUACUACUAUAGUGGGCUAUAUUGAUUAUGAUGAUUAGAGCAACCCUUUAUAGUGCCUUGAGUCCCAUGGUGCAGUCUUUCCAUUCAACAUCAACCACUUCAGUGAGAUGAAGCAGUUAUGGUGCCCACUGUGUCACUUUAAGCUCAAUUUAAACUAUUGAACUUGGUUUUCUUGUCACAUUUUGCUAGUUUAUAUUUCCAGAACUUCUAGUUCUCUAUUCAUUUUCCUGCUUGUUGUCAUUGAGAUAUUGCCUAGCCCUGUUAAGGUGUUCUUGGUAAACAUGACCUAGGUUUACAUUUAAGAACAUAAAAGGUAAUAUACACAUUAUAUAAUAAGAAAUGGACACAAAUGUAUGCACUGUAAUUGAAUGCUCUUUAAAUAUGAAGUCUUUUUUCCCCGUCCAGCAGAUUAAGUAAUAUGAAAUAGCAGGAGAACCGUUCUACAGGUGGUUCCUCUGUUUGCUAUAAGUGUUAAUCUCCUUUCUGAGUCCAUGAUAUGCUGGCAAUGAAUGAUUUGAGAGGAUUGUGCUGGUCGGUCGCUAAUCAGAGGGACAGGAUCACAGCGGAACUAGACUAUGGAUAUUAUAGUAAUGCAACUCUUGUAGCCCUAUGAUACACUUGCAUCACUGGGAUGAAGGAUAGACGUCUGAUUUAAUCAUAACCGCUCCUAAUGCAAAUGAAUAUAUACAUUUAUAUUUGUAAGCUAUUAAAGCUGAAAGUAAAUCUGUUAUUGAUGCGUUAUUUCUUAAUUUUGUUUGAGAAAAGGAUUAAAGUUUUUUUUUUUUUCCCAAAUCAAUGGGGCUUGUGAUGUAAUAUUUUGCCAUAGAUUUAUUUUGCAUGUCCGUAUUUGAGUCAUGCUCUGCCCUUCCUUUACCCAGAGUCUUGUGUUCUGUUAUUCGCUCUAGUUGACGCUUCCUUGACCUGUCAUGCUGAUGAAUCCCAGUUUCUGGAUUGAGGGUAGCUUUAUGCAGUUUAUUCAUUUUUGGAAUGCCGAAACAAAUUGCCUAAAAAAAAAAUUUUACAAUUUUUUUUUUUAAUAUAUAUAAACUGUUUUCUUAAUUGAGCUUAGUAUGGAAUUGCUAUUUUAUGUAGUGAAUCAUACAGAAAACAAAGAAAAACAUGUGUUUUUUUAUUUUCUUCCCCUGGAUUUUUUUCUUUUUUAAAUUCUUUAUUUUCUGUGCAUUGAGAAAUGUAACAAAACAUAACAUACUUGUGCUGCCUUUUCAACAUAGGCAGAUUAGUAAACAGCAUUGUUGUUGCCAUGGAUCAGGAUUAGUCUAUAUAUUUUACAGUUAUAACAUAUCAGGAGCGUAGGAUUGGCAGCAAGUAUACAGUGCGUUUCUUAUUGUUCUAUGGUCAGAGGAAUUAACCUGCGUCCUAGUAGUCAGGGAGAACUUUGUUGUCGUGUUUCUGCACUUUUUCUGUUUUUCUAAUGUGUCGAGUGUGCCCAUGCGGUAGGUCCCCAUAGGGUGAGCUGGUUGUGAGUGAUUGUGUCUUUGUUGCUUGGGUCCUGUGAGCGGUUAAGUGGCACUUCUCUCGGUUGUUUGAGGGAGGGUGUUGGUGAUUGUGAAGUGCUGCCGUUCAUCGCCGGUUAAAGUUGUAUAUGUGCGUCUGUCUGUGCCUGAGUGUGGGUUUUGUGCCGUGUUUGCUAUGCUUGGAUUAGUAGGUAGUGUUGGCCCUUAACCUAAGAGGGUCACAUGGGGUUGGGAGUUAGUCUCCGUCUUUGUAUGGGGAGUUAUUAGUAAAAUGUUGUAUUUUGGUAGAGCAAUAGGGUGAGAUCAGAGAAGGGGAGAGAAUAGCAGAGCAUGGAAAUUAAAAGGUAAACAGUUUGAGGUGUUCAGGUCUCUGCCUCUGGUCUCUUGUUGCCCCUGGGGACGUAUGGUACUGUUCUGUCUGGGUCCCAUGAGUGGGGGGCUGGUGUUGGGGCGUUCUGAAUUAGUCCCAAUUUUUGGAGAAGUGCUGGGGCCUCCGAGAGUGAGGUGAGUUUUAGAACCUCUUCUCCGCUGAAUACCUCCAGGGUUCUUGGCAACAGCCAUCUUUAUUCUACGUUCCCCUUCCGCAGUUGUUCCGUUACGUUGCUCAAGGACUUUCUCCAGAGUAGGGUGCUCCGCGUGAUAUCCUGGAAGAAGGUAAGUUGUGAGACUUCGAAGGCCAAGGGUGUCUUGUCUCUCACUGCUGUUAGUAUGCGGCGUUUGUCUGUCAUGGAAUGGCAGCGGACGAUGACGUCCCUUGGAGCCAUUGUGGGUGCCCUUUUUGCUUUGUUAAUGCGGAAGUGGCUAUCAAAUUCCAGCUUUUUGGCUUGUGUAUGUGGCAGUAUUGUGGCCGUGAGUCUCCUCAGGUACUGUGGUAAUUCGGAUGAUCCCACUGCGUCAGGGAUACCCCAGAUCUUAAUAUGUGUGCACCUGCUGCGAUCGUCCAUGGCGUCUAGCGUGUUUUGGAGCGCUGAGUUCGCUGUCUGUAAAUGUUUCAGGGCGUCCCCCAUGCUUUUCACCUCUUGUCGGAGGUCUAGUAUGUCUUCUUCAGAGGCCUGUACUCGUGCCGUCACUGCCUGCGUUUCUGUGCGUAUUAGAUUUAUGUCUGUGUCAAACAGCCCCUUCAUCUCCUGUAAUAGGUGUCUGAUAUCCCUUUUAGUGGCUGGGGCUGAGUCUUCCCCCUCUGCUUGUGGGCUGCUGGGGGCUUCAGCUCUCAUGUCUGUGCUGCUUCCCUGGGGCAGCUGUACGGAGUGUGUGGGGCCAGGUUCCUGAUCUUGUUCUGCUGCCAUUUUGUGGCCUGCUGUGCGUUGAAGCAGAGUCCCAAUGUCUUGGGAGUCCCUGGGUGCUGCCUGUUGUGGCUUCUGUGAUCGCCUCCCCAUUUCGUUGUCGGGUGAGUGGUGACCUGCCCGCUGUCUGCACCAGUCCUCCAGGCUCAGGGAGAGUCCCGCGGAUAGCUGCGAUGCCGGCGGGAGAGCGAGGUAGGCCCGGGAUUUACGGACUCGUUUUUUGCCCGGUUGUGUGUAUAAAAAGGGCAUCGGUGGGUAGCCGUGGGUCCUGCGGGUUGAUGGCCUCCCCUACCUGAGAUGCGCGGCGGAUUGUGUCUUGGUGCUGGGGAGCCGUGGAUGAUGGCGUCCAUACGGCUCUGUGGUUAAGCUCUGCCCCCCCCUGGAUUUUUAAUGUUUAAUUAUCAGUACUUUUAUCAAACAUGUUUUUGUGAAAUAUAGUCUAAUGUAGAAAUCCACACCAUCUUCGUUCUGUCCUUUUGUGCUUGGCAGUCAGCAUAGAGAAAACAUACAGGAAAAAAGGAGAAAUAAUCAAUGUCUUUAUUUUUUAUCUUAAAUAUGCUGUUUGCUAAAUCUUGAAUAUAUUUUUACCGAUCUCAUGAAAGAAAAAAUGAAUGGAUGUUAUAGUUGAUUUUCAAAGUUUUAUUAAAAAGUGUAUUUUCCAUAGAAGUGGCUGCUCCCAUUUAAAAGGACAUUUUAGGCACCCAGACAGCUUAAUCUCAUUGACGUGGUAUGGGUGCAGUGUCCAUGUCCCCUUAACCCUGCAGUGUAAAACAUUAGUUUUAGAGAAACUGCAAGGUUUAUAUUUUCUGGAAGACUGCCACUAGAGGCGCUUUCUGUAUUUUCACAGUCAAACUCCAUUAAAUGAUGUUGAUGGUUCUCAUGCGGUGCAUGAGGAUGGCUAGCGUCUCUAAAAUCUCAAUGAGAAAGCAUUGAUUUAAUGCUUUGUUAUGGGGAGCUCUAAUAUACUUGUGGCGCAUGCACACGUCACUGAAGGACACCGAGCCUGGAAACAGAUAAGUGAAUAUUUUUAACCCUUUUAAUUUUGGGAGGGAGGGUGCAGGGUGAAGGACACUAUAGUGCUAGGAAUACAGUUGUGUAUUCCUAACAUUAGAGUUUCUUCAAAGUUUACUUGUUACAUGAUUAUAUAGGCCGAAAAAGACUUAAGCCUUUCUCAAUAUCUGUUUUUGCCGUUGAUGCAAAAUAACCAGUUUGAAGCACUUUCUAAUUUUACAAAUUAGGUUAAAAACAUUUAUUUAUUUUUAAAAUCCUUCGCAGCCCCAGAAUGGCCCUGAAUGUCCUUUCCGGUUACAAUUGACUUUCUUAGAGAAUGGUGGAUGGGCACUUAAGAGUUAAUAUAAGCAGCAGUUUCUCUGUAAUAUUUUACAUAAAGUUUCUGUAAGUACCAUAGAUACUGCAGUUGGGGGGCAGCUGUGGGUACCAGGAGAGCCUAGUAUUCUGUCAAACUACGUAAAACGGGCUUUUGGAAAACUGAGAUACAGCUCUAGAAACAUUUUUUCUAAUUGAUUUUGUUUUAUUUUUCAGUCCUUUUGUUGCACUGUGCCCCUGUACGUGUUUCAGUAGUGUUUACUGGGGUGAGGUAAUGAGGGAGGGAGGGAGAGGGUUAUACAUUGUUGGAUUUGGGGAUUUUAGGUGCAUGCACUUGUUGGUGUAGGAGUGGUCAGUCAUUGUUUGGGAAUAGUCAUUGAAUGUGACUACAGAUACAUUGGCAGCCUUUAGUUGUCAUUGGACAUGUAGUCAAUUUAGAAGCACAAAACAAGAUACUGCAUUGGAAUGUGAUGUCAAUUGUGCUCGAUCUUCACUAUUCCAUCUUGUGCAAAAGGUUAAAGUGCAUUUCAAUGUUUUUCUCAAUGGUGUAAUUUCCAGAGAAGUGAUGGAAAACCUUUAAUAUGGUGUUAUUUUAUAAAAAUUCAGUAACGUUUCAUCAAUUACUCAAUAUUGUGAAAAAUGAAGCAUCGUGAUAGCGCUUCAAUUCAGUAUUUUCUUAAAGGUGACCAGUUCAUUGCAUAGAAACCCAUGUAAAUCUGGGAACGUGUAUGUGAACAAUGCAUUCAUUUAUUCCUUGGUGGUGGUUGCAAAAAGAACAGAACAUAAUCAGAUGUUAUCAGCCAAUAUUGACUAGUCUGGUUAUUGCACAAACCAUCAUUACUUUCUAAAGGAAAGACUAUAUUUGUCUAAGUCUUUUCACAUCUGGAAAAUUUGUUUAAUUAAAUUUAUUUCAACUGCCAGUAGUAGCCCAGUUUUUUUUUUUUUUAGUUUUGAUUAUUCUGGUAAGAAGUGAAACCAUUCUGAUCACAGAGCAUUGCUGUUUCUGUAUGACAACACCUCCAUAGAGACCCACUGCUAUGCCACAGCUUGAACCCUGCAAUACAUUAUUGAGGCCCUCACAGAGAAGGAUCUUAGAUUAACUCCAUGUCUGAAUCGAAGAAAUAGGUCCACAUCCGUAACCGCAAUUAAACUAGGCAUCAUAGACUGGUCAUGUGGUCAGAACGGGCAUGCUUUGCUGAAAAAAGUCUGGUAUCUAAUUGAACUUCUUUUGGACAUUAUUUGAUCAACAUCUCACUGGCCUGCUUGUAAGAUUCUCGAUGAUAUUUGCACAACUGUAGGCUCUGUGUUUUAAGUCCCAUUUUAUAGUAAGAACUGAUAUGUGCAUUGGUCUGUUGUGUUUCUUAGAUGUCCUUUCUGUUUUAUGUAAUUUCGGCACUGUGUAACAUUUAUUUUAUUAAUAUUUUACUAAGGAAAAGGCAAAUAAUCUAAUUCUGUCUCAGGGCUCUAUUAUCUGAAUUCACAAGGUUGACCUGACUGAUAAUUCUAUAAAGGAAUUUGCUGAAUUCGCCUUAAAGGAACAUCAUUCGGUUGCACGGGAAAACCUUGUCAAAAGUUCUUAGGUGGUGGCAGAAGAGUUAAUCUGGCAUAAUGUUGGAUAGUAUUUGGGGGUACAUUAGGUAGCCAGAGGAAUGAACUGGGAUUAUCUCCUGGUACAGAAAAUAGUCUUUUACAUUAAAAUGUAUAACUUUAGCAAUUCCCCUCAUAUUCCACCGAAUUACCCCUCAUUAGAUUGCAGGGAUCAAUCGGUACAAUAUACCGAAGUACCGCUCUGAUCCCUGCAACCGAAUGCCACUUACAAUAUACAUUCAUACGAAUGGGGUCUUAACAGAGAAAACUCACGAAUGGGUUUAAUUUCCCGAAGGUGAGAGAUUACCGAAUGCUAUGGAAGUUCACCUGUGUUUUGAAAAUCAAGUGACCAAUUUCAGUUCCAGGCACUCGACAACCAAACACCGCUGAAAUCCAACAAAGCAAAGAUGGCCGCCGCAAUGUGUUCGGUAUGCGAACGGCGGCCACACACAACACUGAUUAAGAAUGGAUACAAUGUUUCGGUUUACUAAUGAGCGUCACACGACCUUCUGGGGUGGUCUCUUAUUCGAUAUUUUGUUCGUUUCACGAACAGGGUUGGAAUCCCCUGUUCGUGAAGCUUGAAACCUCAGGUUAGUGGCAUUCGUACGCAUGAGACACACAAAUACAUAGGAACAGUAGCUGAAACCUGGUUAUGCAAAUACAGUUAACGGGUUAAGUUUCUCCUGGAUGGAGACACAAAGGAAACAGUCAGAGAUAUAUAUAUAUAUAUAUAUAUUAAUAUAAUAUAAUAUAUACAUACACAAUAGUCUAUAAGUGGCUAGGUUUGCCACAUCGUUUUUGUUUCUUUUAAAAAGAAUAUAUAUAUAUAUAUUUUUUCCUCUUAAUGCAAUCUCGAAAUAUUUAACUUUGACAUACACUUAUCUAUUAAAAUUACGCUCCCCAAUUGUACUUGUAAUGCUAAGGUUGAUCCAAAGUAAAGGACUUGCAAAGAAAAGUCUGUAAUUACUGCUAUCAAUUCGUUAUCAGGCAAGCUUAGCAUUGCCACAAUGCCUUUCUAUGAACUGUAAAGCUAAUGUCACGCAUAAAGUUUCAAGGUUUUCUCGGUUACUUCACCGUCCCAAAAUAUAGAUUAAAUAUAGGAACACUCCACCCACAUAGGUUAGGGUCGACACGAUCCAUUGUUUAACGAAUCGAACACUCCUCAUGCACACUCUACUAGUGCUCUGAUAGAGAAUGUAGGCAUUCUACUAGUGCAAACGGCUGUUAACACUACUCAUGAUACGCAACUAAAUUAGUCUUCCAUUUUACAUCCCUUUCUUACAUGUCCUCUACACAACAGUAAGGUACUAGGGGAGUGCAGUAAAUAUACAACUCAUAGAUGUCCAAGCCAAAGAUCACACACUUGUUUUAUUCAUUAAAAUCCAGACCCUCGCUGAAGUGCUUUAUGGGUGAAGUGUUCCUUUACAAUAAGUCAGGGGCUUGGUUUACCAAAACUACAAAAUAAAAAUAUUCUCGUUAAUUCUCCACCAUGGUAGCGACUAAAUUACUUGGAUUUUUUACGUGUUUUUUUUUUUUCUAACUUGUUGUGCUGCUCUGUUUUCUUUUUUAAUUUUUUUAUUUAUAAUUCUGAAUACACGAAGAUUAAAGCCCUAUAAUUAAUAUAUUUACCAAAUACACACAAUUUUGUAAAACUUACUGCUACUUUACACCUUCCUCAUCCAUAUAUAAAAUGUCAGUGUGUCUAAUAGGAGUUUGGAAAUGUAAUGUAAAGAAUAGAUUGUGCUAUCAAAUGCAUAUAUUUAAUAUUCCUGAUGUGAUGUCACUUUCCCCAUGGAGUGGUGCAGAAGGUAACGUCUAUUAAAAAGCUUAUUUAAAUAUAUGGUACUUAGGGAUCCAGUAACCGUGCCCAUUCUUAAGUUCUGUUUGCCAAGUUACCAAACAGAUUCAUUCCAUACUCUGUAACUAGACUGUGUUCGCUGUAGCAUGCUGGUUGCGCUACCCUAAACAUACUUUGUAAUGUAUGCAGUAAAGAUUUAUUUUUCUUUCAUACCUAACUUGGUUAAAAUGUUGUUUUUAUAGUUGCAACUAUUAAAUAUUUGGCUUCUUAAAGGAGUCCUCCAGGGCAUCAGUCACUGCCUUUUUGCAACCAGUAUUGAGAGUUGAUAGCUCCUGCCAGUAGCUUCCGUUGGGCUUUCUGAAUUAAGCCCUGCCGUGCAUGGUUAGCUGACUUGCUGAGUUAGUCUGCAGCACCAGCUUUAGCUCAGUGAAGAUUGCUCUGGGCUUCCAAGAGGCUGGGAGCAGAACCUGGUAAACCCUAGGCAAGAAUUCAGACUUUUAGCAAACAGUUUGAUUCUUUGGGGGAAGGGAGCACAACAAGGCACUCUUUGCACUAUAACUACUACAGUGUCCUGUAGUUAUGGUAAAUGGAGUGUUCCUUGAAUCUGGAGUGACUUUUUUGGUAAAUUGCACAGUAAUUUUAUAUACCAGCCACAUAUCUCUCCUGCUAGUAAAAUGCAUUUUAAAGACUAGUUUAUGCACAUCCUGUAUCCAUUAACAUAUAUUGUGAUUGUGUUCUGUGAGUUAUAACAGACUGGUAUAAAUAGUUUUGGGUCUCUCUGUAGUUUACAGACCGCAAAGCAGCUGGGUGCUUGUGGUUUGUGUGUCUGCGAGGUUUAUUUAAAAAAAAAAAAAAAUUUUAUUGAGAUUAAUCUCUCAUCUAGGAAUUGCCUUUCCAAGAAACCUCCUCCCUAACUGACUGUUAGCAGGAGACUUGGCAGUAAAUAUUCUUUCUCUUUUAUGCUAGGUUUGUCAUUACAGACAUUUGUUUCCUCUAAAUAAAAUAAAUUCGGUCCAAGCUUGCUGAAGGCCGAAACAUUGCACUUUUUGUUCCAAUAAACCUGCCUUUCUGCAGCAACCCUGGAACUGAUAAGCACCUGGAUUCCUAAGUGUGAGUGCAGUAUUCUCCGUUUGUGAAUUUUUUGUUUAAUCUAAAGCACAAUUAUUUUAUCUUUAGAAACAAACUGCAUGAGUUAAAAACUUCACUUACGAUUUAAUUCCUGUUGGCUAAUUGUGUGUAUGUGUGUAUUGAAUUUAAUGCCCUGUUCCAAUAUGUACACCGCUAUCUGCCAUGCUGUUACUGAUCAUAGAGUGUUAACUAACUCAGUCCCCCUAGCAAGGCACACAGUUGCACUCCGUUAACAUCCAAACCAAAUCUAUUGCAGCCCAGAUUGUCAUUGACUUCCACCACAUAAAAUUUAACUUUGAACAUCUCAGGUUGCACCCUAAACCGUGACUCCAAAUGUCCACUUGAAACUAGCUUUGGCAAGUGGAAAUGAAUCCCUCUUCAGUGUCCCAACCACUGUCCAGGUUUGCAGUAACUUUUAAGGUCUGGCUAGUGGUAUAGGAAUUGGAAUUUUAAACCUUUUCAAGGAACACUCUGCACCAGAACCACUACCUUAAUCUGUAAAUUUCUGCUGUUUAAAUGCUGUCCCUCCAGUCUGACAAUUGUAAACACUCUUUUCUGAUAAAAGGCUGUGUUUGCAUUUGUGUCUAAAGCCUUCUCUAGAAGCGGUCACACAGACAUCUACAAGAGACCUUUUGUGAUGCAGUCUUGCAAUCUUUGCAGGACUGACAUUUCUAAUUUUUACACUUUCCUUAAAGACGCCAAAUUCUCCCCAUAGAGGUGCAUCGAUCGAAAGGUUGAGAUCAUUAUUGCCAGGACACUAAUGAAAACGUACUUUAUUUAAUUUUCCAAGGUGGGGCCAUGGAAUAUAUAUUUGCAUUCCUAAUGUUAGUGUUCCUUUAGGUAUGUAUGAGACUCAGAAAUGAAAACAGGUGCUCCACAUGACGGUUCCUUACGGCGGUGCAUAUUUUGCUCGAUUUAUGUGUAGCAGUAAGGGGAGAAGCUUAUGGUAGAUAUUCUUACAUGAAGCCUCUCUGACGGUUGCUACCAUCUUCCAUUCCCCCGGAGCCCGCUUCACUGCUGUACUCCUUGCAUAUGUGCCAUUACCUCACUGGGGUCUAUGGACAGUCUUGCCAGACCUUGAAAUCCUCCAUAGACCAGCUCGCACAAUGCUCAAGAAAAUACCGGUUUCCUACAGCUGCAGCUAGUGACGGCUCUGGGAAUUGGCAAGCUUUUGCCACAAGCUCUGCCUUUAAUUAACCUUGGGCUCCAUCAUAACAUAAAUUAUUCACAUUCUUAUCAGAUGAUAUCUUUUGAUUGUUUUGGAAUUUCAAUGCAAUUCAUAUUCUGUAGAUAUGAGUAUUUCAGAAAGACUUUAUCUUUAUGUAAUGCUCAAGAAGUGACAGCUGCUUUAACUAGAUUUGUUGUGUGUUUUUUUUUUUUUUUUUUAAGUUGAUUAUUUGGUUGAGCGGUGCAUAUUCUAAAGAGUGUAUUCAUUUUACCAUUGGUAUACAUUCAGGUAUAAAAAUCUCAGACAAGGUUGUUGGAUGUGCGUGGUAUGCGGCCGUUAUGCCAUACAGGUUUUCAGUCUGUUGGUUUUUGUUUGUUUUUUUGGUUUGUUUUGUUUUUUUAAUUUUUGUUUUUGUCUGGAAGCUCAUUCUUUCUGUCCAUCAUUCUUAACCUGUAAUAUUUAUUUUUUUUUUCAAACAUAUUGUUUUAUGUGGUGCACAGCAAAGGUUUCUGGGAGAUGUAGUCCAUACUGUCAAAGGUAGACAACUUUAAAAAGCAGGGUGGUAAUCGUUGUGUGUCUGCGACCUCUGACAUAACACCAGCGCUGCAAUGAUAGAACUGAUUUUCUACAAUAUAAAUAACUAGCACAUAGAAAAUAAAAGCUGACUCACUUGGAAGCGGACAGGGAAUUGUUGAAAGUAAACAUAGGCAGACUAGACCUAUAAUUAGGUAUGCCAAAGAGAGAAUAAGCCUGAAUAUCAGAGGUGGUUAAAUGGAAGGGAUUGUUGGGUGCUGUUUUGAUGAGAGAUAAAUUAACAUUGUUAAGCCUAGGACUCAUUAGAUUUGUUCGUUGUCCUUAUUCGUGUAUGUCCUUUAAAUGGAUAUUGCAUAUAUAGAACUUAUUACAGCAGUAACCUAAAUUAAAUAAAGACAUACACAGAGAGACUGGAAGUAAAUAAUGGCCGUAGCAUUUUAUUGAAAGAGUUUGAGAGGCAUUGCUCAUACCCAUUCACCAAUAAAACCAUGACUAGUAUUGAACGAAUAAACUUUUCAAAAACUUUAACACCAAGCUGAAACUAAUGCAAUGUACCCUGAGAGCUAGAUUGUUUUCACUGCGCAUCUGUCCACUCCCAAAUUGGAGGCGACUUUACUCCUUGACUUACAGUCUACAACAGACAAUUGGGAGGGUGGAUGGGAUGCUUGUUCCAGUAAGCUGAGGGAAGAGUUUUAGCCCACCAAAAUGCUGCCCUGUAUAAGCUUUUAAUGCUGCAUGCGUGUGAAACGAACGAGUUUUGGGCUACUGGUUCUGAGAAAAUUCAGUGGAAAACACUACUAACCAUAUCUAUUCCUAAACUAGCUGUCCUAUAAUGACCUAGACUUGAACUCCCUGAGUGCAGUCUAUAUUGCCAGAAUUCACAGGUAGGAAAGGUCCUCGUAGAUAUUGUCAUUAGGGAUAUUAAAACAAGCACUAAAAGAAAGGUGUGUCUUUAUCAAAACAUACAAUCAUGUAACAAGGUGAAAACUCCUUGGCCAAAUGGCUAAUAUUUAAAAAUUAUUGUGUCCAAGCCUUUUUUCUUGAAAUGGUUCUUUGGUGGCAGGAUAUAUUUUGUGCAUGUGUGUGUUAGAUAUCUGAUCACCUAUUUAUGCAUCCCUAGGGGGACCUAAAUCAUGCACUGAGAGUGACAACCUCAUCUGGAAUAAUCUCUCUAGUUUUGGAGACUACGAAGAUUAUGGUGUUCUAAAACCUACAAAGAAAGGCUUAAACAUGGCAUUUUAUCUGUAAAUGUUAUAAUGCUGUUGACUUUUACUGGUAUAAAAUACACAUUUGUAUGCUGUGGUGUCCCACGAGUACAAUGUCCCCCACAUUCAGGUUUAAUGGUGUUUUGGAAAGUUACAGGGUCAAAUGAAGAGCUUGCCCAUUUCCGUUUUUUUACACACUGAAAUAUGUCAGAUUGGUUUACUGAGCAUAUAUUGACUUUGAGACCAUUUGGCAGCCCAGGCUUGAAUAUUUCCUCCAGCAUGGCAUACCAUUUGCAAAAGAAGACAACCCAGGGUAUUCAAAAUGAGAUGUCCAGGGUUUUUUUUUUUUGUUUUUUUUUUUUUAAAUAGCAAGUUAGUCACAAACCCUAGCCAAAAAAAAACCAGCAUUUCUCACACAACAAAAACUACACUUUUCUGACGAUAUUGUCACUAUAGGAUUACUGUGUUCAGUGUUGUCUCAACAGUACCCCUUUGUACAGGGUUUAUGGUGUUUUGGAUAGCUACAGGGUCAAAUAUAGUGCUUGCAAAUUAUCUGGUAUUUUUGUGGGGCUGUUAUGAAUUACUGUAUUUUUUUAUAUAUAUAAAUAUAUAUCUCAUUUAAAAAAAAAGUGUGCUAUUAUGCUGGCUUCUUUAAUAUUGGUCAAAAGUGACCCACUUUAUUUAAGGAGCACUAUAGCGCCAGGAAAAAAAAACAACUUGUUUUUCUGGCUCUGUAGUGUUAAUAGUCCCCCACCCCACCCUCAGGGUCUCACUCCCGCUGGGCUGAAGGCGUUAAAACCCCUUCAGCCACUUACCUUUCUCCAGCGCUGGACUCCCUAGGCGCUGGUGACCUCUCCUCCUGCCGACGUCCGCACUGAAUGUGCAAGAGCCGCGCACGCAUUCAAACCGCCUUUAGAAAAAGCAUUUCUCAGUGCUUUCCUAUGGACGUCAGCGUCUUCUCACUGUGAUUUUUCACAGUGAGACAGUCACUAGAGGCUAGAUUAGCCCUCAGUGAAAUAUAGCAGUUUUUCUGAAAAUGUUUUCAGCUGCAGGGUUAGACCUAGCUGGACCUGGCACCCAGACCACUUCAUUGAGCUGAAGUGGGCUGGGUGCCCAUAGUGGUCCUUUAAGUCUUGAGUGCUUACACGAUGUGUGUGUAUGAUCUAUAAUAAUUCUGAAAGCUUUUAUUUAUAGGCUUUUUUUUAUUCUUGUGUAUAUAAUCACUUGGAUGAAUCUUUCCCUUUUCUUUCUUAAGAAUUUUAUGUUAAAAAGAAUACAUUUGGGUUCCUGUCAAACUGUUUUGAUUAGGUUUUUUUUUUUUUUUUUUUACUUUCAAAGAGAAUAAAGAGAACCCUUCCUAUGCAUUCAUUUAAUGUCUCAUUAAUCUUGGGUGCAAUGUAGGAUUUUUUUUUUUUUUUUCAUUUUUAAAAUGAGAAGAAAGUUUGUGGAAGAUGUAUUAACCUAAAGGGUCAUUCCGUAUGUAGCAGAUCUGAUUGCCUCUGCUUUUCUCCUAGUGCCCACUCUUAAAGGCAAUACCUUUUACCUCAAUGAUUACGGCUCUGAGUGCUGGAGAAAAGAAACUGAUUAGGGGAGAGCAGAUUUAAAGAUAGAGAACCUGAUCUUAAUUUCUUCUUGAUAACUUUUUCGUACUUCAAUUUGCAACAAAACAGUUUGCGGUUAAACAAUUUGUCUUGUGUAAUUGUUUGAGGCUAUAAGAAUGUGUUUUGGGGUCUCUUUAUAGUGUGAGGGAACAUAUUUAGCAUUAAUGCCUCCAGAGAGCUAGGUAUAGUGAAGGCUGUAGUUUUUAGGAUGAGUGCCUAAACUUCACUCCAGAAAUUGUGUAACAAAAGACAAUUGCAGAAGAUGUCAGGGGGCCCACUUCUUUGCUGAUUAUCCAGCAGAUGUUUGAAGAGCCUGGGUAAAUGGAGUAACCUAUUUUGGACUAAGUACCACCUUAUGAAUCUAUUGAUCCAAUAACUGAGCUGAAAUGACUGUCACACAAUUACUUGUCAGAAUCAUCUGAUUUUAAAAUAGAGGAGAGCAAGAAAGGGGUCAGUUUCAGCCCUGGCCCCUUGCAUGGGGAAAUAUAUGAAGUGGGAGCCACCCCUCCCAUUUACCAUGCUAUUUUAUGAUUUGUUUUGAAGUUUCUGAUAAAUGGGUAUGAGCAGUUUAGCUGUUUUAUCUUUAUUAUGCUUGUAUUCUAUUUAGUUUACUUUUUAUUUGCCAAUACAGUUGCUCGGUUUAUAGAACUGCUAUUCCAUGCUUGAUACUAGUGCCUCUAAUGAGACUGUCAUCUGCUUUGGCUGUUGGCCAUGUGUUUUUGGCUGUAGGGCUGACUUUCUGGUAGUGUGCUUGAGGAAACCCGACUUCCUGAAAUUCUGUUUCAUACAGUAUUGCAGAAUAUGUACUGGGAGGGGUAGCUCAGACAUUAAAGAGCCAAGACAAGGCCCUGCUAUUAAAGACAAGUAAAAUAAAUCCUCCUUGUAUAAAUCAGGUUAAAGGAAUGUGCUUGUCAACUUAAAUAAAAACAUAAAAAAUCUUUAAUGACAUUACUACCAUUUGCAGCCAGAGUGGGAAAACUCUGCUUUUAGAAUCUACUAUAUCUUUCGUCAUUUCACUAUUUACUUGUAUAUUUUGUACACUUAGUACAGUGGUAGUAAUAUGUCCAUUUCUAAAUAAAAAUGUAAAUAACUACAAAUACAGGAUUAAAGAGACCGUGUCACCUGGCAUUUUUCCUCCUAAAACCCGUUUUAACAAUAAUCCAAAAUUAAAGCUACAGAAGUCAAUCUAUUUAGAGGGAAUUAACACUUGAAGAUAUUUCAAUGUGGAAGCGGCCAUCCAGGAAUUUCAUAACAAUUUAUAACCGUUACUGUGGGUAAAAGCUAAGCUACAGUAAUCAUGUGCGCCAGGGUGCAACUAUAUGACUGUGUUCCAUGCAUGGUCAUGGUUUACCUUUAACGCUCACUUUUUAAACUACGAAAGAGGCACAUGCUCUGCAUACAAGAGUUAAAGAUCGCCCUUUCACAGCCCUAAUGUUGAAAGGGUUCCAAGUUUGUGUUGUGAUCAUCAGUGACGGGGAGGCUUUGAAUUGAAUGCAGACACUGCUUUUGACAUGGUGUGGGAAGUCUGAGGAGGACAAAGGCAAUCCCUUAAAGGAACACUCCCACCCUCAUAAUAACUUACGUUUAAGAGAAAAAUCCUCUCAAUGGGCAAUCUGUGACAGCUGAUGCUCUCAGCCUACCACUGUCUGUCCAGUUAAACCUUUCUCAUACUAAAGAUGCGUAGAAGAAGAAAGCCAGGCGGUGGUGGUGCUGGGUUUUCUAAAUUUAGGGAUAAACAGUUGCAAAAUGUUUUUUAAACUCUUAAGGUGAGACAUGUGCAUGACCACUACUGCCCCAUAACCUCAAUCAGCAGAAAUUAUGGGGUUCUAAUGUUCUAAUUAAGAACUAUGGGGGACUCAAUGUCUUCUCCUCACUCUUGCCAUAGUGAGUAUACCUUUUGUGUCAUUAUAUCCCACUCCCUCUAGAAUGUAAGCUCAUUGAGGAGGGCCCUCCACCUCUCUGUUCCUGUACAUCCAGUUGUCUGGUUACAAUUACAUGUCUGUUAGUCCACCCAUUGUACAGCGCUACGGAAUCUGAUGGCGCUAUAUAAAUAAUAAAAAAAAUAAGAGGGAGGUUUGGAAGUGCAAUGUAGUCGUGGUCAGGACGUGGUUAAACACGGUUUGGUGCUGCCAUGGGAUGUGAUGCUUGAAGUUCCAGAUUCAAUCAUUUUAUUUGUAGAGCUGACAUCUGUGUCCCUGACCGUAGGAGGCGGAAUGCUGAUUCUUCACAUUAAAACUUCUUGCCUGGCACGCACUUGUGUAUUGCCUUGGGAAACCUACAAAGAAGAGCUGAUGAGGCAGUCUUGUCAGGUUAAGGAGACCUGCUUUCUUGCAGAGAACACGCUAAAUUGUAAAAUCAUUGACUUAGAAAUUCCUGGGAUUCUCCGGUGAUCCCAGUUGGGGAUGUUGAUGAAGUCUGCUGCAACAAAGUCUAAAUGUUCUAAAAUGCAUAAAUAAAGGAACACUAUAGUUUUAGACAUACAAACCUGUAUUUCUAAACACUAGUACUGGAGUAUCUACAUAGGUGACCGGCCCCCCUCAGAAUGGAGUUAAAAAGUAUUUGCUUACCUUUUCUCUAUUGCCGUGCUGGUCUCGCAGGUGCUGGCCCGCCUCCAAGGCCAAGAUCAUCGUGUCGUCCUCCAUGACUGAAAUCCUCAAGGAGUUAAAUCACUUGGUUCUUUCCAUGCUGCCCUAGCCAUACCUUUCCUGGUUGUGACUGCUGGGUUAAUUUUCAGAUGUUGACUUGCUUUAGAGGUUUUUAUUUCUUUUUUUUCCAAUUUGAAAGUUUUAUUGUUUUACAUGUUAUAAAACCUGGGGUACAGAAAAGAAAAGGGUAUGGGGGAAGGAAGGGUAUGGAUCAAGUAAAUACACAAAACACAAAACAUUCCAUGUCUUCCGGUUACAUCACUAGUCACACAUUGUCCUUGUUACAUCAUGCAUUACAUAUUGUGUUUCAUACGCUGCGUGUCGUGCAUCAUAGGUUAUAUAGCGUGCUUCAUACAUUAUGCAUGGUACGUGUUGACCUGCUCUAGUUUCUGGGCUCUUGGGUGUGAGGGUGCCUGCUUCAGCGCCAGCUAUGUGAGUGGAUGUUACCCUUUCCCAUAAGGGUUCUCGUGGUUUUUUGUGUUAUCCCCUGUUCUAAUAUUGUUGCAUGUUACUUGGUAUGAUUUCCAGGAAUUCCCAUCUCCUACUUCCUUGUUGGGUAGCCUUUUCCUGCACUCUCCUUGCGCCCACUCACGUCCCCACUGUUUGUCCGCUUUGUCCCUUACCCCUAUAUUCUUCCCACCUCGCAUUGGCUAAGUCUAUGUGUUUUCUUGGUCCAAUGUGUUUGAGUGCCAUUUUUUCGUAUCGCCAAUUUAAAUUUAUUUGUUGUGUUAGGGUUUCUUUGGAUGGGAUUUGUGGCGAUUUCCAUGCUCUAGCUAUGAGGGUUACUGCUGAUAUCAGGACGUGGAACAAAAGGGAUUCCUCUGUUUUGGUCAUUGUGAGUGGUAACAUAAAUAGUAUACAUUGUUGUAGGGUGGGUCGCCAUUUCCUGCCCAGCAGUUCGCCCGCUAAUUCCUCUACUACCUUCCAAAAUUUUUUAAUCUCCGUGCACGACCACCAUAUGUGGCUCAUGGAGCCUCCUGUUGUCCCGCAUCUCCAGCACAUGUUUGGAGAGUUUGGGAAAAUCUUGGUCAAAUGCUCAGGUACCAUGUACCAUCUGUAAUGUAGUUUCCUUAUUGUUUCGAGAUGUGUUGUGCAGCGUGUGUUACCUACGUGUAUUGUAAAUGCCCUGUGCCAUUGCUCUUUGUCUAUGAUUUGUCCCAGUUCCUUGUGCCAAGCUGUUUGGAAUGUCAUGUCUGGGUGCGCCUCAUCGUCUGUAAGUAUGUUGUAUAUCGUGGAGAUCGUUUUUUUAGGGGGUUUGUUGGUUAGGCAAAAUUGUUCUAUGGAGCGUUUGUUGUGUGUCGCCUGGCUAUUUAUUUGUACCCCUGUGAGCAGCGAUUUCAGCUGUAGGUAUGAGAACAGCGCCUUGUUGGGGAUGUUGUGCCGUGCCUGGAGAUCUGGAAAUGCCAACAGGUUGCCUUCAUGGUAUAAGUGUCUAAGCUUAGUGCAGCCUGCCUCGUUCCAUUUUUUUGUGUCGAAUGUUGGGAUCCCUGCUGCUAUGCACGAUAUUGGGGCGUCCUCUAGGAGUGUUCCUUCCUUUCCUUCCCUCUUGCGGAUUUCGUCCCAGAAGUAUAGUGUUAACUGUGUGGUCAAUAGGGGUUGUAUCAGUUGGGGCCGGAGUUUUUCCGGGAGCCACAAGAGCUCCCUCAGAGAUGGACUAUUUGUCCAAUGGGCCUCUAUUUGGGUCCAUUGUGGCGCUUCUCCUUCCACUGUUGCUGCCUUGAUUGCUGUUAGUUGAGUUGCCCUAUAGUAUUCUCGAAUGUUUGGCAGUCCCAGACCCCCCUGCACGGUUGGUUUUUGCAGUAUUUUUGUGGCCACCCUUGGUCUUUUGUUGGCCCAUAUAAAUCUGAUUAGUGUUUUUUGAAAGGAGAUCAGGUACGCGUUUGGUAGUUUUAUGGGGAGAGUUCUCAGGAGAUACUGGAGUUUCGGGAGUGUCAUCAUUUUUAUCGCCGCAAUUCUCCCCACCCAUGACAGGUAUUUCCCCUCCCAUGACCGUAGGGUGGUUUGCGUGUCCUUCAGUAAUUUGUUAUAAUUGAGGUCUAGUAAUUUUUCGGUGCGGGGUGGGAUGCGGAUGCCCAGGUAAGUUAGGUGGUCCACUCGCCAGUCAAAGGGGAAAGCGGUUUUGAGUCUAUCGAGUGAUUCCCCUGGUAUCCCCAUUCCCAUGGCUUGUGUCUUUGUGACGUUUAAUUUGUAGUAGGAGUGUUUCCCAUAUUCCGUAAUGGUGGCCAUUAGAUUGGGGAGGGAUAUGUGGGGUUGUGUCAGGGUUAGGAGGACGUCGUCUGCAAAUAAACUCGCCUUGUAUUCCCGAUCCCCUAUCUUUACUCCAUGUAUGGAGGAGUGCUGCCUAAUUGCCGCCGCCAAAGGCUCCAGGGCCAUGACGUACAGGAGUGGCGAUAAUGGGCAUCCCUGUCUGGAUCCGUUAGAGAUUUUAAGGGGGUCCGAUACGAACCCUGCAUUGACGACCCUCGCUGUUGGUGCAUUAUAUAAAGCCCUGACCGCUGAGAUAAAACCCUCCGGCACUGCAAACUUUAGUAGGACCUGCUCGAGGAACCUCCAUCCCAGUCGGUCAAAGGCCUUUUCGGCGUCUAACGAUCCUAACACCCCUCCCACUUUCAUUCUGCGGACACUGUGUACAAUGUCCAGAACCUUCCUUGUGUUGUCACUUCCCUGCCUGUUUUUUAUAAAUCCCACCUGAUCUGAGUGUAUAACCUGUGUAAGCAUUUUGCCCAGACGUAGUGCAUAGAUCUUUGCGUAAAGCUUAACGUCGGUGUUAAGCAGGGAUAUUGGGCGGAAAUUCUGAGGGCAUGUGGGUGGUUUGCCCGGUUUUGGAAGUGUGAUGAUGUGGGCCAGUAGGGAUUCAGUGGGCAGUUGUUGUCGUGCGGUGGCUUCAUUAAAGGCAUUUGUUAGGUGUGGCGUGAGGAUCGGGGCAAAGUGUUUGUAAUAACAGUUUGCGAAGCCAUCCGGGCCUGGAGCUUUACCUAUUGGCAAUAAUUUAAUGGCUUCCGCGACUUCUGCAUCUGUUAUGCUAGCCAUGAGUUCCUGUUGUUGCUGGGGUGUGAAUUUGGGUAGUGGUAUGGAGCUUAGGUACGUCUGUAUCGCCUGGGGAUCCGGUUGGGGUGUGUGAACAUCCUCGGCUAGGUUGUAUAGUGAGGCGUAGUAUUGUGCGAACCUAUUGCUGAUGUCUUUAGGUGCUGUUAUUUUGUGUCCUUCAGGUGUUGUUAAGUACGCUAUUUUUUGUUGUGCCUGUUUGUUUUUGAGAAGUUGGGCUGUCAGUUUGCCUGCUUUGUUUCCCUGCGAGUAUUGGUUUGCUUUCAGUUUUUGCAGGUAGUAGCCUGUUUUGUCUAGGGCUUGUUUGUGCAUGGCCUGUGUGAUUGUCAUGAUGCGCAAUUUCAGUUCCUGGGACGGGGUUCGUUGGUUUUGGGAGUUAAGGUCCUGCAGGUCCCUUUGCCAGUGUCGCAACUGUGUUUGUGCCUGCCGCUUCAGGAAUGCUGCCCGCUUUAUCAUCAACCCCCUGAUUACCGAUUUGUGUGCUUGCCAUACUAUAUUGUGGGAUGUGUCUUCAGUAUUGUUUUCUGUGAAGUAGUUGGUGAGCUCAGUUUCUAGUGUUUUUUUGAAAGUAUUGUCUGUGAGAAGUGUUGCGUUGAGUCUCCAUGGGCUUCUAUGUGUGGAGUCGUAUAAGUCUGCCAGGGUCAUCACCACUGGUGCGUGGUCCGACCAUGUUAUUUGUUCUAUGGAGCAAUCUUUGACCUGUUCUAGAUAUUGACCCGCAAUCAAUAUACCAUCAAUUCGUGAGUAGGUAUUGUGUACUGUGGAUAGGAAUGUGUAUCCCCGUUCCCCUAUGUGUAGUGCCCGCCAUACGUCAUAGUGGUGAUUGUCUUGUAGUAAUUUUUGUAGUGCCCUGCCCUGUCUCUUGAGUGGCUUCAGUCUAGUGGCUGUGUGUGGGCCUGUGGUGUCCAUCAUCGGGUCCAGCACAUGGUUAAAGUCGCCACAUAUCACCCCUAUUCCUUUACUUAUAGUCGACAAUUUUUUAAACACCUUGUGGAGGAAAUUUCUUUGAUCCUUAUUUGGGGCAUAUACGCUUGCAAUUGUGUAUAGAACGUCAUUAAAUGUCCCCACUACCAUAGCAUAUCUACCCUCUGUAUCCACCUCGGAGUGCAUAAGGGUGAACGCCACAUCUCUGCUAAUGAGGAUUGAGGCCCCUUUAGAUUUGGUGGAGUGUGUGGCGUGAAAUUGGUGUGGGUAAUCUUGCUGGAACAAAGGCGAAUGUGCUUUGAGUUUAAAAUGUGUUUCUUGAAGGCACACUACCUCUGGUUUGAGUUGUUGUAAAUCUUUGCGAAGCAAGCUUCGCUUCGCUGGGUGGUUGAGCCCUUUAGUAUUGUGAGAGUAUAUUCUCAUGGGGGGUAGUAUGUUUGGAUUUCGAGUUGUAAUGGACCUGUAGUGUCUAUUUGCGAAGGGGACACCCUUCCCAGUAUUAACGAACUGGGUGACCCCUCCCUAUUUCGUGUCAUGUGUUGGUAGUAGCCUCCACUGUGUGGGGGAACCUUGUGUGUCUUGUCAAUGGAAAGUAGAGCAUACAUUAGUUGUGCAAGAUGGAAAACAUGGAGGGUAAACAAAUAACUUAAAACAGAAAUAACUAAACAUUUUGCCAUAGAAUUGGCCUUGUGCCUCCGGUGGGCACUGUGGGGUAGGAAGCUGCGUGCCUCCAUGCCUGAUCGCAUUGGUCUUCGGGCCUAAUAAGGGUGUGUCAGAGGUGUUUGCACUCUCUUUGCGUGUCGGCUGGUAAGAAAAAAGUAUACGAUGCCGAGUUCUUGUUAUGGGGGGGUCCGGUCGGGUGCGUCUGGGUGCCCGGUUUUACCACGGUUACCCUUGGUAGUGAUUUAGAAAAUAAAAAUGUUAGGGUGAUGUCUAUCCCACUGCGUACCCUCUAUCAGGCGCCCUUUCCCCCCUCAUAGUCAGUGUCCCAUUGUCUUAGUGCAAUACUUGCCACUGUUCGUGGAUGCAGGCCGCGGCCUUAUCUGUUUCUCGUGAUUUUCUUCCAUGUUGGCGGUAGCUUGGCCCUUGCUGCGGCUUGGGACGGCAUCCUUGGUGGUGGCAAGCCCCAAUCUUUCAGUGCUUGGAUACCAGCUUCUGGGGAUGCGAUGGCUGUCAGCUUGCCUUCGUGCGUGACUAGUAAUUUGACUGGGAAUCCCCAUCGGUAUGGCUUCUUGUGUUGUCUCAGUUGCUCUGUAAUUCCUGAGAAGGUUUUCCUCUUUUUCAGCGUUGCUGCAGAUAUGUCCGCGUAGAUAGUGAUCCCCUGGUAUGGUGCUGGGAGGUUUGGGCGCUGCCUGUUUGCCCUCAAGAUGUCUUCCUUUACAUGGAAGUAGUGUAGUCUUACUAGUGUGUCUCGCGGUUCGUCCGCCGACAGAAACCUCGGCUUGGGGACUCUGUGGUACCUGUCCAGCAGGAGCAUGUCCUGGUGGAUGUCUGGAAUAAGGAUUUUGAACAGGCCCUGUAGGUAAGCAUGGAGGUCUGCCGUGCUGACGGUCUCUGCUACUCCUCUCAGGCGCAGGUUGUUCCGUCUGGAGCGGUCUUCCAUGUCCGCCAGCUUGUUUCCGUAGGAUUCUAUUGUGUCUUGCAUUUCAUCCAUUUCGGCUCGCAUGGCAUUGUAUGCUUCAGCUUGGUCAGCCAUUUUGUCUUCCAGGGAUGAUGUGCGCAUACCCAGAUCUCGGAUUUCAGAUUUGAUUUCGUUCAGUGAGGUUUUUAGUGUGAGCUGCAGCUUUUGGUGCAUGUCAUCCAGCAUUCUCUGUAUUAUAUGUGGAGUUGCUGGGAUUUCUUCAGGAUUUGUACUCUGGGUGUCGUUCAGUCCGCCAUGGGCGCCAUCUUGGGGCUCCUCUGAUCUCGCCAUCACUUUCCCCUGGGCAUUCCGGACCGUGAAAAAAUCGGCUUUCUCCCCCUUUUCGGUCUGUCUUCUCCCCUUGUGUUGGGACAUCGUUGCUGGGUGGAUUCCCGGUCUUAGGGUGCUCGUACAGCUUUUAUUUAGGCCGUGGUAGCACGGAGCUACACAGACAUGCGGCUGCUGUGCUCGAGCUCCAGGCCACGCCCCGAGGUUUUUAUUUCUUGCUCUGUAAAUUGAACUUUGAUCACAUACAUGAGGAUCCUGCAGCCUCUAACAGACUAUCAACAGAGCUGGAGAUACACAAUUCUAAAUCAAACAGACUGCAAUAAAUAAAGUAUAAACAUGACAUCUCUCUUUACAGGAAGUGUUUUGGAAGGCUGUAAUAGUCACAUGCAGAGAGGCGUGGCUAGGUCUAUAGACUGUAAGCUCGUUUGAGCAGCAUCUUCUUCAACCUAUUGUUCCUGUAAGCUUUCUUGUAAUUGUUCUAUUUAUAGUUAAAUCCCCCCUCUUAUAAUAUUGUAAAGCGCUACGGAAUCUGCAGGGACAUGGUCUAUACACCAAAACUGCUUCAUUAAACUAAAUGAAUUGGUUUCCUGGGCAUAGCCAUGCUGGUAAAGCCUAUUUAAUCUAUCACUGGUUAUAUGUAUUGAUGAUUGAUUGCUCCUAUAACAAGGGGGUGUGUUGCACUUUAUGGUGAGGUUUGUGAGAGAUUUGAUAACUUGACAAACUGUAUGACAUUCUGACCAAUUUUUAUUCAACAGUUUUCAGGUCCUUCAGUGAACUUGGGUGAAUAUUUUUUGUUGACCCUCUGGAAAGACACAUUGGGUUGAAUAUCUGCACACCGUUAUGUAUCUGGGUCUCUAUUUAAAAAGUCUAUGGUAGAAAACCUUUUCUCACUGCUCAGCUUGUGGGUAUUUGUUGAUUGAGUAAUGAGAGGUACGGAGGGUAAAAGGAAGUGAGCUAUGUGAAAACAGGGGUGGAUUCCGGUCAAUAGUGUCACCCACUGUUGAAACAUUCAACUCUUGCAAUAUUCAUUAAUAUAGGAUACACCCAUUGAGUUCCAAGCGGUUUGUUUAUAGAAGAUUGUGUAAUCUGUGUAGAGGCUGUGAUUUUCAUUCAUGUUAACUGUUGACUAAAGCCAAGCUGCAUAUGUCUAACAUUCAGUGAGCAUUCAUGAAACUCUAUAAGUGAGGUUUAUUUAGUACAAACUUGCACAUAGACAUAGUUAUGGACCAUUUUACAAAUCUCCCCCAUUUUUAAAGUUUGAAGCAUGGAGUAGUCACCAUGGAAACAAGUAUAAACUAUAGGAAUGUCUUCUCGUGGACCAUUGUCCUAUUGUUAUAUGUAGAUAUAUAUUUGGAUGUUUAAUAUUGUUGCCUGGGACAUGGAGUUCUGGGCGCCGGGCAGGAAGUUGAUUUUCCAAGCAGGAGGGGGGCAAAACAUAAAGUACCACUACACACAAAAACAUACCUACUAUACAGUACACACACUUACUACAUAAAGCCAGCACACACAUCACACUACAGUAGGGAACAGAGAGACAUGACAGGGAGCCUGAAACACUGUGCCCAUGGAUCUAUGCAGGGUCCUCAAUUUUUAUAAUUGAGUUGUUUGGUAGCUUGUCAUGAGGGGCAAGUAGAUUAGAUUACCACUUCAGUCCGUUGGACAAGUAGACUUUAAUAAAAAAAAAAAAGUAAUUUAAAUUUAUUAUUAAAAGAAAUGUUAGUGCUGCCCUCAAGUCUUAUACCCUCCUUACUCCUACUGUGAGAAACCAUUUUUAAUAAAUGCUUUGGUUUGAUCACGACUAAACCAGCUUAUGUGAAAAAAGGGAGCCAGUUACUAGUGCGUUCUCCUGUCUAAUGACAUUAUCAAAGGUGGUUCAUGACACCGCUAACUUAAUGUUUGCUAAUAGAUGCUGCAAGCGAGAGGUUUUAUGAGACCGGAGCAUGUCUCUCUCUAUGGCCACUCUCUCUGGAGAUCGUAAUACCUCCUAACUGCAACUGGUUGUUUGCGAUUAAAGAUUUGUUAAAGGAUGUAUUCUGCUAGUGAGACUGACAAACUGACAGCAACAGAGGAAGUGUCUUUCAAAGGGAUGUUAUCAACUCCUACCAGCUAUUCUUGACACCAAAAAAUAUGUAAAUUUUUAGUGUAGUGAUAGUUUCAUAGUAUGUGAAUCUAUUACUGAAACAAAGUUUUCGUAACUAGCGUAAAAUCUAAUGUUAUGUACAAUGUGCGAGUUAAGCUUUGUAUGCCAGAGUGCAUAAGAAUCACCUAGCGUAAUACUGUUUCCCUGGAAAUAAGACAUCCCCCGAAAAUAAGCCCCAGCUUAUUAUCGGGGGCUGCUCCUAAUAUAAGCCCUACCCCGAAAGUAAGCUCUAGUCCAGGGAUUGGCAACAUUCGGCACUCCAGAUGUUGUGGACUACAUCCCCCAUAACGCUUGUACACACAAUGCUGGCAAAGCAUCAUGGGAGGUGUAGUCCAAAACAUCUGGAGUGCUGAAGGUUGCCUAUGCCUUCACUGGUUGUUCGCUAAUCUAUGUUCGGGGAAGUUUCCCUGAACACAGAUAAGCAUGAUUCCAUUCGCGAGUAAACUAAUCUAUGUUCGGGGUACUUUAAACGAACAUAGAUUUGCGAUAUUUUAGCAGCGAGUACUUUCCCCAAACAUAGAUUUGCAGGAUUCCACUCCCUACUGAACUGGUCUAUGUUCAGGGGAAUUCCCCUGAACAUAGACCUGCUUUCUAGCACAGGUAUUUCCUCGAAAUAAGAUCUCUUCCUCCUCCCUGCUUUUCAGGGAAAAAUUAAUAUGUCUUAUCUUCGGGGAAACAUGGUAGCUGUUAGUGAAUUCUACUGUUCGGGAUGGGACAAAUGUUUUUAUUGCUUACACUGGGAGGGUGCCAGGGCACUCAUGGUAUCGCAAUCACUGUGGCGGGCUGUAGGGAUUAUAGUGUUUGGUGUUUUCCUUGAAUUUAGUUGCUGGCUGCUUGCCAGCUACAUUUUAUUGAGCAGUGUGUAAAUGGCUGCAUAUAAAAAAGGACAUAUUAAUAGAUUUUGAUUUAAUUACUUCAGUGUUGCCUUGUGCAUGUUCUUGAAAUAUGUAGAACGAACUGUUAUUAGACAAUAGUAUCUCAAUCAUCCUGUAGAGUAAACUUUAUGAACUGCCCCACUCUUGAAAUAUCUGUAUAUCAUGUUUCCUUGGUAACUGAUCACACAUAGAAUAUCUACCUACUUGUUAAAUGUUCUGUGUGCGUAUGUUGGAAGUGCUGAGAAAAAUGGAUCUUGAAAGUUUAUCAAAAUGGGUGCGCAGUUUAAAGGACCACUAUAGUGCCCUGAGGGUGCCCCCGCCCUCAGGGUCCCACUCCCGCCGGGCUGAAUGGAGAGGAGGGGGUUAAUCACUUACAUUUUCUCCAGCGCCGGGCUCCCUCUGUGCUGGAGACUCUCCUUUCCCUGUCAUCGGCUGAAUGCGCGGCAAGAGCCGCGCGCAUUCAGCCAGUCCACAGGAAAGCAUUCUCAAUGCUUUCCUAUGGACGCUGGCAUCUUCUCACUGUGAGAAGCGCGGAAGUGCCUCUAGCGGCUGUCAAUGAGACAGCCACUAGAGGCUGGAUUAACCCAUUUGUAAACAUAGCAGUUUCUCUGAAACUGCUAUGUUUACAGCAGAAAGGGUUAAUGCUAGGUGGACCUGGCACCCAGACCACUUCAUUAAGCUGAAGUGAUCUGGGUGCCUAUAGUUGUCCUUUAAAAUCGCUGAUCUGCACAUAUCAUACACGCACAUAAAACACAGAUCGCAAAAAGCAGCAGGGAAAAUGCCUAACAGCCUUGGAACACCACCUUUGACCAUUCUAGAAGUCAGUCACAUAACUCCCCAAAUAAUAGCAACAACCGCUUUCCCAUUAGAACAAAUAAAAGGGAACACACAUCAAAAUGGCACACAAUAAAUUAACGGGGACGACAAAACGCCAAAUAUCGGCAGCAAAGGCUCCGAGCCCAAAGCAUAACUAACGGAUAAGGCAAGACCGCAUAUUAAGAACAUACACCAGUUUCGGAGAUAGGUGCUCUGUGCCCCGCGGAAAGGUACGGAAUGGGAAACAUGGAAAAGGUUCGGCUAACAAGCUCAAAAAAAACCAACCAAAAAACUGGGGACCAAAUUACCGCUUGGAUUCCCAACAUAAUCGAGAACCUUAACUUGAUGUGAUCAGUAUCCUCAAACUGAUGGUAUGUCCUGCGUGUCCCAAUCUGCAAAUCUUCUUAACGUAUGUACUGACUGUUUGAACUACUUUUCAAUAAAAACAGAUUUACAAAAAAAUAAAAUAAAUAAAAUCGCUGAUCUGGAAAAAAAUCUCUAAACUGUAGUCACAGUUUGGUUACUUUACCCUAAAUGCUGCCGUCCCGCUUGUAAUUUGCUACAGUUCUGCGUUUUUAGUGAAUGACCUUGUGCAGGGUUUAUUCGUAAAGCUUGUCAUUAUGGAAAUAGCGAUAUAAUUGAAGUAGUCAUUAAAAAUCUAAAACCAUAUCUACGGUUUUUGUAUUAAAUUUUUGGAAUUCCUUUUUCUGUAUUCCUUUUUUAGUAUUGGGAUUACGUGUGUGCUGAAUGCUAUCUGGAAAUGUUACAUCCAAACAGUCAUUCCAUUAUCGAUAGUUGCAUUCUUCAGACUGUGGUUUAAAAAAAAAAAAAAGUUACCCAAAGACCUGGUUCAGUAAGGAGAUUUAGGUGGUAACAGAAGGGGAAGGGACUUUCUGCUUGAAAUAAACACAAACUUUCAUGGUGCUGUAAAAUAUUAAACAGAACUUAUGCUGGAUAUUUGAUUUAGCUCUUUAGCUCACACUUUUUAAAUGUAUUUAUUUUUAACCUAAAGCCAUACACCUGAGGCAGAAAGGGGAAACAAAACAAAAACAAUGUUUGUUAAUGUUCAGGCUACCUGAUCAGGCCUAUUCUAAUCCAUUUAAAUGGGUCCCCACAUCAUACUUUCAGAUCCAGGCAACUGCACUGUAGCUCUGUCUCCCCUAGUGCAAAGAAAUCACACUGGGAAUGGUCUAUCAAAGGUUUCUAUGAUAUUAAGUAUAGCAUGUUACAAUUAUAGAACGGAAGGUCGUGUAAUUUAGGUCACUGUCAAAAACUGCACUGCAUUAAGGGAUUGCCCCCCUCCCCAUUUCAUUAUCUGUACAAUGUACAUGCAUGUAUUGCUAGAAAGGCUAGCUCUGGUGAAAUAACCACGAUCAUAAAUGAUUUAUCAGCAGACAAAUGGAAUGCAGUCUCGUCCCAAAUGUAUUUCUUUAAUAGUUUUUAAAUGUUCUUUAAAGCUGCAUGACUUGUUUUAAUCUGUAUGUUUAGCUGCCUUCUUUAUGGUGUCUGUUCACUAAAUGGUGACUUAUGGAGAGCUGGCAAAAUGACUUUCAGUUUUAGACCAAAAUAGCAAAGGUUGUUUUUUUUUUUUUUUGUUUUGUUUUUUUUAAAUUGGCUCAUGGGUUUGGUUUUGUGUUUGUUUUUGGUGUGUGUGUGUUAGUUUUUGGUUUUAUUUCCUAACUUGGCUAUUUUGACAUAAAUUGUGCAGGAUGAUUUCAGAUCAUUUUGUUCAUGUAGCCAUUUGAACACAUUGCAGGCCUUUUCUAAAGCCAAGCGGUAACGUUUUGCCUUUUCUUGUGAUUACAGUUGUUGAAUGGGGCGACAACAUACAAACGAUUACAGAAGACGAAGCGGUGAUGUUGGUGAACCACCAAGCGACAGGCGACGUCUGCACACUUAUGAUGUGCCUUCAAGACAAAGGCAUGGUAUGCUGUCUGUCAGGGGGAACCCUCUACCUUCUAAUUAUCCCAUUCACUAGCAUUGCUCUGGCACAGAUCCACUUCCUCUGCUUUGUUUAAUUGACAGCCCCAACUUCUGCUUUUAGAAUUUUACUACUGAUGGAAUGUUUAUUUUGCAAUGUAGACAUGGUAACAGCAGUUUGCAACACAAAGAUCCUGCCUCUCCGAGAACACAUGUCGAGUAUUUUGUAGAAAGGGGAGUGUUGGAGUUAACAAUGAAAUAUUCAUUUAUCGUUUAAUGACUCUAAUGAUACACUUAGUAUUGCAUAUUCUGAAGAGAGUUGCAUUAGAGACUGAGCAAUGGGAUUAUUAUUGCUUUAUAUGACCUUAUCGUUUGUUCUGAUACAAGUGUAAUGCAAAUGUUUAAAACUGUGCAGUAAAACCUUUUAUCAUGCGGCCAAUACUGGACAGCAGUCUCUGACCUUGCACGGCAGUCCUGUUAUUGGCUGCAUGACCUGCCAUCAUUUGUUUGUUUUUUUUCUCUACCUUCCCAUUUUCACCAUAGUAACUUUGCAAUAACAUCUGGCAGUGCUGUGACCUUUGAAAGUCCUGGUUGGCUACCUGUCAGCCUGUUGACCAAGAUAAUGGCAACGAUUAGGCCAAAAUAGUUAACUGAAUGUCCUGAAGUGGAGCUUGUAGUUUAAGUCAAACUGGACCGUUUUGGGAGCCACCAGAAACACACAGUAACUGUAAAUGAGCCCAGUCCACACUCUGUGCCAAGGCUUAUCUUACUAAAGCCACCCUCUGCGCCAACCCAGGUGCUAGUUAUUUCAGGAAUGAUAAUGCCAGCAUCAAAUUUUCAAACCUUUUUAAUUAAACAAAAACUAUAGACGGUUUUAAAUCUCCUCGGCACCUGCAUUCAACAAAUAUUUGUCCCUCCCUGUUCCACACAUGACUGCUGUAUCCCCUCGGGCAGACAGAACAGCCUUUAAUUUAUACAGGAGCUGUGGGAACCUCUAAGAUCCCAAUUCAUGAACUAUUUAAUCUUAUGCACAGAGUACUUAUUACAGACUGCUAUAACGGAGAGCCCCAUGUGCAAUUCUAAUUGGAUGAAAAUGUCCAAGUUUUAAAAAGUGGGGAAACGUAUCAAGUGGCGAAAGAAAUGAUCUUGUAUUCAAUAUAUAGCAACUGACAGUCCUAGUGCAAUUCAUUACAGAUUACACCUAGCUGCUUUUAUUUAUGGAUAUUGCACAUGUGGUAUAUGGAUGAGCAUUAGAGCUGAAUAUACUAGACUUAACAUAAUUAGGGAAGCACUACUUAAUCUAGAAUCUUCUCUAACUGUGUCCUGUUACUUUAAAAAUAUCGAUAAAGUAAAAUUUCUCAGUGAAAUAAAAUAUCUUCAAACAGGCCACGGCCAAGAUGAUCCGUCUACUGCCCACAGAAACGGCCACUUUCCAAGUUGGAGUUGAUCAUUUAAUUUUUAAAAAAUUUUUUUUUUUUGGCAUUCUAAAUAUAUUCUACUAAACAAUUAAAAAAAAUAAAAAAAUUUUUUAAUGAAGAUAAUCUUUGGAAGUUCAUGCGUUUGCUUCCAAUUCCCAGAGUUUGUAGUUUGAGCACGGAUUAAUCCAUGAGAGUUGGCACCUGUCUGUUUCUUGAUACACAUGGUUUUCAAGGUCAGGUGCGCAGAUUGCAAAAAUCCCUUCCUAGCUUAGGGGGAUGCAUUCUUGAAGUAAUGUGCGAAUUUAUACAUUCAUGUUUUUCCAUUAAUGAAACCAGUUGCAUCCUGGUUGGCACUCUGCUCUAUAGGUUUCUGUGGAAAGUUGACCGUCAAACAACAAAUUCUUUCAAAUCCUGCAAUGCGGGGAAAUAGGACUUAUUUUCAUUUAUUUAUAAGUCGGUGUCUGGAUUUGAACUAUUUGGGUCUGGAUCUCACCUGUCUGGCAAACGUUCAUUCCAUCUAAAAUCUGGGCCAAAUUAAGUCUCAUUGGAAGACUGGAUUGUAAAAUCAAGACCUUGUUAAAUUGCUAUCCUGAUAGUUUUGCUCUGUUUGAGGCUGUUAGGACUUUUUAGUGAAUAAACCUGUAAGACUAGUAAAAUGUUUGUAUAGCACACAAGAUAAUAGCCAUUUCCCCUAGUGAGAGGAGGAAUCAUUUUCUAGGCAAAAGGAGUUCCUGAACACACUCCAGUGCGUGUUUUAAAAUAUCAAUCUUCGCCAUGUUUUUAUAUAGGGUGACUGUCAAUUAUGAUUUAUCUUGUUUUUGGUAUGUCUUGGUCGCUUGUACAUUCCUUUCUGUAAUAAUAUUCAUUCUCUUACAGGUUGUUCGACAAAUGAUGUGGUUAAUGGACCAUAUAUUUAAAUACACAAAUUUUGGUGUGGUAUCCUUGGUACAUGGGGAUUUUUUCAUCCGACAGGUAAGAAUAGGUUUUUGUUUUUUUUUUUCUUCAAUUUUUUCAUGCGUGGUUUCUAUUAAACUGUAUGUUUGGACAAAGGAAUACUUGAUCACUUUCUUUGUAGAUAAAAUGUGAUUUCUUGGAAAAAAAAAAACAAUGUUAAGGGUUAAUUUUUCACAAACAAAGUCUUGUAAUGGUGAACACUACUGAUGAUAUAUUUUAGAUAUUUUUUGAGAAGUGCUUUAGUUUCCUGUAGAUCCAAUAUCAUCAAGCAAGUAAACAGUAGAUACAUGUACCAGAUAAGGUAAAUCGCAACAUCGACAAAACGGUACACAACAUUACUGAGCCUCAGUAGUCCACACCAGAAGCCUCCAUAAACCUUCAUUGACUUGCAUAGUAUACACAUUUGGUCAGAUAUAAACACCCGAGUGUCUGUGAAACUUGUAGAAUGAUGGGUCAAAUUAACAAAUCCAGCGAUGAGGAAGUAGAUCUGUAAAUUUUGUGCACGCUUUCAGCACUUUUUAAAGGGACACUAUAGUCACCUGAACAACUUUAGCUUAAUGAAGCAGUUUUGGUGUAUAGAACAUGCCCCUGCAGCCUCACUGCUCAAUCCUCUGCCAUUUAGGAGUUAAAUCCCUUUGUUUAUGAACCCUAGUCACACCUCCCUGCAUGUGACUUGCACAGCCUUCCAUAAACACUUCCUGUAAAGAGAGCUCUAUUUAGGCUUUCUUUAUUGCAAGUUUUGUGCAAGAGCCUCCUGUAUGUGAUUAAAGUUAAAUUUAGAAAUCGAGAUACAAUUAUUUAAGGUAAAUUACAUCUGUUUGAAAGUGAAACCAUUUAAAAAAAAAAAAAAAAAAUUUCAUGGAGGGGAGGUGUGGCUAGGGCUGCAUAAACAGAAACAAAGUGAUUUAACUGCUAAAUGACAGUGAAUUGAGCAGUGAAAUUGCAGGGGAACGAUCUAUACCAGGGGUAGGCAACCUACGGCACUAGUGCCAUUCACGGCACUCGAGGUGCCUUUGCACGGCACUCAAGGCUGCUAGAGCCAAACAGGCUCUGGCCUAUCAGGAGUCCCAGUAAAACUGCAGAUAUCUGCUAAUACGAAGAGGUGGGGAAGGACAAUCCUCAAUUUAUGCAUUGAAGCACGUAGAGGAAGUGAUCUCAGAGCACUUCAUUCCAGCACUUGUGAAUGGGAAUCAACACAUUAGUAGAGCAGCUCGCAGUUAUUGUUGCAGCUCCUGUCCUUGACCUGCACCUGGCCGGCCUGUUCCCCACUGGAACCCAGGGAAGCCACCCACACUGCUAGAUGUACACAGAAAUGUAAAAAAAACCCUCCCCUCAUACAAAUAAUACAGACAGCCCCCACACAUACACUACCAAACACACAAUGUGACAUAUCCAUCCACACACACACACACACACACACACACACAAUUCCACAAGCUGCCCCCAUACGAUGACUUAAAGGUAGGCAGACAAUGUAAUAGAGCAGCAGGAAAUGCUAGCAGAAUGCUUGGUUGUAUAGGGAGAGGUAUUAGCAGUAGAAAGAGGGAAGUGCUCAUGCCAUUGUACAGAACACUGGUGAGACCUCACUUGGAGUAUUGUACACAGUACUGGAGACCGUAUCUUCAGAAGGAUAUUGAUACCUUAGAGAGGGUUCAGAGAAGGGCUACUAAACUGGUUCAUGGAUUGCGGGAUAAAACUUACCAGGAAAGGUUAAAGGAUCUUAACAUGUAUAGCUUGGAGGAAAGACGAGACAGGGGGGAUAUGAUAGAAACAUUUAAAUAUAUAAAGGGAAUCAACACAGUAAAGGAGGAGACUAUAUUUAAAAGAAGAAAAACUACCACAACAAGAGGACAUAGUCUUAAAUUAGAGGGACAAAGGUUUAAAAAUAAUAUCAGGAAGUAUUACUUUACUGAGAGGGUAGUGGAUGCAUGGAAUAGCCUUCCAGCUUAAGUGGUAGAGGUUAACACAGUAAAGGAGUUUAAGCAUGCGUGGGAUAGGCAUAAGACUAGGGACUAAUGAAAGUAUUUAGAAAAUUGGGCAGACUAGAUGGGCCGAAUGGCUCUUAUCUGCCGUCACUUUCUAUGUUUCAAUACACAGCCCACAUUCAUAGGUAUCAUACACGAAACCACAAUCUACUCAUGAACAUAUACAAUAUAAUAGUUCAUAUACGCACAAAAUACGAUACAAAGCAAUUACAAUAUAAAUACACAAGCAGAAUACGGCAGCAUACACACCUCAAUUAAAAAAAAAAAAAAAAUUAAAAAAAAUAGGACCGGAAUGCUACGGGACAUCACAAUCCUAUAUCAGCACAGUGCUGCUAAAAGGUUGCCUACCCCUGAUCUAUACACUAAAACUGCUUUAUUUAGCUAAAGUAAUUUAGGUGACUAUAGUGUUCCUUUAAUUUGUGUGUGUACACAAUAUAUAUUUUGUUAAAAAGUUACUUUUCUAAGUCCUCAUCUUUCCUAGAGUUAAUCUCUGGGCCAUGACCUGUUUCCGUUCAUUCCUGAAAUGUGUAAGAGAUAUGCAGUGUUUGCCCCAUAUGUAGAUGGUUGUGAAUAACUGCCUAUUAUUUUUAUAGUGAACAGUUUAACAUGUUCUAUAUUGUGAGUAACCAUCAAUAUUAUCUUUAAAAUCUAUAUAUAUAAAAUUUAGUGUAACCUUUACUCUGAUUUAAACACUAAACAAAGCAGCUUCAGUUUGCUUGUUUUGUCACAUCAAAUUGGUCAUUUUUGUCCUUUAAAAAAGUGAUAUACUAUGUGUUGGUACAAUAAAUGAGAGAGGUGGAAAUUGCAGUUAAACCAUCACACAGCACAAAAAUGCCAAAAUUGCUUUGUUCCGUAAAGGGACAAUAUAGGGUCAGCAACAGAUGUAUUCCUGACUCUAUAGUGUUAAAACCACCAUCUAGAGCCUUCUAAAACAGUAAUUUUAUCACCAAUUUAUUUCAGUUUAUAGUUUUGUUUUUUGGGGGUUUUUUUUGUGUGUGUACAUUGCAAUUUAGCAGUUUAUCUUGUAAAUUUAACAUGUGCUACUAUAAUACAAAUCACUAAAUUGUGCACAGCUAUAUCUUCUGAGUAUAUAAUGACCCCCUUUUUCAAACCCUCUGCAAAUUUUGUGAAAAUGCAAGGCUGAAUUUACUACCUGCCCAGUGCAGUGGCAAAUUGAAGAUGGAUCUAUGGUACACUUUGGAGCAUUUUAGUAGCAUGCAUAUUUAAAUUACUUUAUAAGUGCAUACUAUAUGUAAAUGUGGACAGACGUAAUCCUAAAUCUAUUCUCAAAUCCAAUUUAAUCCUAAUAACUAGGAUUUUUCUAUGCUAAUAUUCAUUACUGAAGGGAAUUCUUAGCUAAAACAGUAGAAAGUGGUAUGUUGUUGCCAUCUACUGACUGUUUUCAAUAUGUCAUGGAUAUCUAUAUCUAUAGGUAUAUAUCCCAGCACCACUCAAAAUGGCAUUGUGCCAUGGAGACCAUAUACAAUCUCUGGGGGUCUCCCUGAAGCAAGCAGCUCAAAGAGAAUCUCCAUGGCUAAACGCGAUGUUCUUAAUAGAUUGUGGCUCUGUCUGGCAGAGGGGAGACCCAGGUAUCAAUUGAUAACUGAGACUCCGUGGUGUGAGCUGGUACCUAACACUGCUCAAACUGCAUUGUAGCAGUUGGGAUUUAAAUCCACAUUUUAAACGCAUGUAUGCAGUGCUCACUUUGAGUGCUGCAAAUAUAGCAUUGUUCAGUCUGGGCCCAUCGAUUCUGGCCCCAGUGACAGAGGGGAGCCCAAGCUAUCUAAUGAAAACGAGAUUAUUCCACGUGGGUCCUUAGGGGAUGCACAACCAUGAUGGACUAAUCCCAUUUUUGGACCAUAGAGGGUUAUUUAAACUUUAAUAUUUAUAUAAUUGCACCAGGAAUACUUUGAACACAAUUUUAUGUGAUGUAGAUAUUGUUUAUCCUUGUUUUGUUGUUUACUCUUAAAGUUUGAGAUUGUUUUUAAGUUUAAGGUUUUUUAUUUUUUUAUUUUAGUCAAACAUGCUUAGUUGUAUUUUUGAUCUUUGGUUCUGAUUGCAGGGUAAAGCCUUUCGAGACCAACAACUUGUGUUCUUAAAAGAACAUUUGGAAAAGUACUACAGAAGUCGGGAUCGUAAGUGGAUCAUUUUGUUUCCAGAAGGUGGCUUUCUCAGGAAAAGAAGGGAAACAAGCCAGACCUAUGCCAAGAAAAAUAACUUGCCAUUUCUUACGCAUGUUACCCUACCUAGACUGGGGGCUACGCAAAUUAUCUUGAAUACUUUGCUAGCACAGCAAGAAAAUGGAACGGUUUCAAGUGGUGAUAUGGUAUUAGGAGGUAAAAACCUAUAUAUAUUUAUCUUUAACGUUCUGCUAUGAUUCGUCUGUGUGUGUCUGUGCACGCGCGCGCACUCCCCCCCCACCCCUCCCAUCUGGCCCGAAUUCAAGUUGAAUACGUUUAAAAAUCAGGAAGUGCAGAGUGUGAGCCAUUUAACAUUGAAUCUAAAAUGCACAAAGCUGCUUUUGGCUUUGGUGUUAAAUCUUUGUGUGAGAGAGAGCCAGAUCCCCCUCUAAUGUGUAAUGCAGCAGUGUUUUGCCGUCUUGACCAUUAUAGAUAGAACGUCAGGCUGCCAAAUAGCAGGUUUUCACAAAACAAAAGAUUUAUUGACGUCUGUAUUUAAACUUUAUUGCAUCUUAGGAUACAGUUUGCUGUCCUCAACACAAUGUAAAUGCCAUGUAGGACUGUUCUAUGUCUUGAAUGUUUAACUCCUAAGGGCGACUCUAGGCACUUCAGCGGUUCAGAACGUUACGCCUUGUGGCCCCUUGACAUUGAAAAUAAUCCAAGGCCUGUGUGAGGAAUGUUAUGUAGCAUACCUUCAUAGUACAUGCAGGAUGCCUUUUGCAAGGUACCAUGUGAUGACCAACAGCUGCUUACGCUUGCAUUGAAACUCUAAUUCUAAUGCUGUUGCCUGACUAUUAAUACAAUCUAAUAUUUGUAACUGCGCUCUGUGUUCAGAGGAAUGUUUCUUGUCUUGGCCCAUGAGCUACAAGGCUUUUCCUCAUAAAAUCCUGGAGAUCAAAUGCCCCCAGAUACACUAAAGGGUUUACAACUGACCUCUAACCAUCAACCAGUUAAUUGUCAAAGCUUUAACCCUCUUGUGCAUUUGUCAGACUUGGAACAUUCCUAUUUACAAGCUGAAAUGCUCCCGUUUGCUGGGUCGGUGAGAUAAUAAUGGGUAGAAAAUCUCAGAUUUACUGGUGCCAUUAUCUCCUGCCUAUGAUUAUGUAAUACAGGGCUUAGACGUGGAGAUGAGCCGUUUUCUUAGAAUAGAAAGUUUUGUAUGGGAGGUAUAAAGGAACAUUAAGGAGCAUAGAUGUUUGGUUGUUGAUGAAUGUCAUUCUUUGUACUGGGAUUAAGUAAGUGUGGAUGAGGUGACGUACACCCGUCAUUCAUACGGUAAUAACUGCAGUUUGUACCAGCUUCCCCAAAACUGCACUGUAAUGUAAUGUAAUCCCUAAUUAAACUGGUAUGUUCACUGAACACUUACUCUUGUCCUGGAAAGGUUUUAAUGUUGCUUCCAUAUAAAUAUUUGCGUUUCUUUUGUCGGUUUGUUUAAUGAAGAACACAGAGCCAAACUUAAACCACAUCCAGCUGUCACGUUUAAAUAUUAAUGACCUAGGAUGACUGUUUUAGAUUUUGGUUACUUGUUCAACACUUUGAAGUAGCUGAAAACAAGCUUUGAAAAUGUUCCAGGGAAAAGAUAUGGGGAUUCCCCUCCUGAUUAAACCAGCAACAGUCUUGGCAAGCUCCUAACUUGCUGCUGCUUUUGGAGAGCGGUGAAAAUGUAACUUGCUGGAAGACUCCUUCAAAGUUUGUUUUAUUUAACCCACAUCUGAUUCAAUACGCUCUUUUCUGGAUAAGGCUCCUUUCAAGAAAAUGCCGAAUGAAAGAUUGGAAAAUCUAAAUUCCCCCCAUUACCUCCAAAGAAAUUAUGGAUACUAUAGUCAUGAUUCUAUUAGGUAAAGCUCCAGGACCUGAUGGUUUCACUAUGGCGUACUAUAGGUCCUUCUCUAGUAUUCUUACUCCUCUUUUAUUAACUUAUUAUUGGAAUACAGGGAGAAUGCUAAAGGAGGCUUUGUGUGCGCAAAUAGUUACAUUAGCCAAGCCAGGCAAGACUCCAAAUGUCUGCUCUAAUUUUUGCCCGCUCUCACUAAUAAAUAAUGAUAGAAAGAUUUACUCAAAGAUUUUAGCUAACCGUCUUCUAAGAUUCUUAUUGAUAGAUAUAAGGUGGGUUUUGUCUUGAACAGGGUUUUGUCAAGAGCUAUCUUAUUAGGAAGUCUCGCACACCUUCUUUGCUCCUUUCUUUGAAAGCGGAGAAGGCGUUCGAUAGAAUACAUUGGGGAUACCUUAGGGAAGUUUUUUGUCCAGUUUUCACAUCCCAGAACCCUUUAUUGGGGCUGUAUUCACAUUAUAUUGCCAACCAACUGCUAGAGUAUCUGCUACUGGUUAUAUCUCUGAAAACUUCUCCAUGUUUAAUGGGACGAGACAUAACAGAGCAGAUAUCGAAGGUAUUGUGAAUUGGGACAAGGAACAUAAAAUAGGCUAA